AUGACCGCUCCCCUUCCCUGGGGGUGUGGCAUUGCUGGCAGACAUCCAGGACCUCACAGUGACCCAGGAGUGGGUGGAAGGAUGCUGCCCACAUCAUUAGGGCUCCCGAUUGUGUCAUGCCCCCCCAGCUGACCAAUUGGGUUAGCCGGGGGUGUGGCCACUUGCCGUUUAAUCCACAGAGGGGAGGUUGUUGCCUCCACCUGCCCCUCUUUGUAAAGGGUAUCCCAUUAAAGGGAUCCUGGGGUGUGGUUCCUGUCCGAAGCCUGGGCAUGGGCUAGGGCCAUGCCACGACCCCAUCGGUGACCCUGGGGGAUGCUCUUAAUUGAUGUAUAUCAUAGGGCUCCCCCUAUCGGUGGUUGACCCUUGAAAGACUUCUUGCAAACAGGCAGGAGAGUCAGGAUAUAGUCUGGCUUCACCUAAAUGCCUAAGCCAAACCGCUCACAUCUGUAACCAAUAAAGUGGUGGCCUAAUUUAUCCCAUUAACCCAACAUACUUGUGUCUGUGUGUUUAUUUCUGAGGGGAACUGCGGGGUCCGGGGCCGCGCCAAGCAAGACUGUAUACCAUUUAGCCAGCCUAGGCCUGUAAAUGGUAGUCUUUUCAGUCUCAGUACUAGAGCACUCUUCAAAUUUUCAUCAUGAUACUUUUGAAAAUAAACAGCAUAAUCCUAGACAUACCUAUUCAGGAAAGAAGUCCUAUUGGGUUCAGCGAGACUUGGACCAUAAUAAGUAUAUAUAGGAUUGCAGACUAAGUCAUGAUGGAAAAAAUAUACAUCUUAUUUGAAAAACAAUGAAUUUGUGGGAUCUAUCAAUAAUAAUGAAAUAAUUAAUGGAUUUUUAUCUGUUGUGCUACUGCAGGUCAAGGCUACAGACAGAGAUUCAGGGAAUUUUGGGCAUAUUGAGUAUUUUCUAUAUGAUGGAUUCCAUAACUAUGAAAAAUCAAAAGCGUUCCAGAUUGACCCAAGCAGCGGCCACAUAUGUGUCUCACAGGAUAUUGACAGGGAAGAAGACCCAUCCACAUAUGAUCUCCUGGUGAAAGCGGUAGAUGGGGUAAGUUUCACACUUGAAUAAUUCCACUUUAGCAACCAUUUGUUGUUUGUCAGGUGUGAAGGUAAUACUCACUGUUUGUCACUACAUCUGGUAACCUAGAUCAGUUGUAUUAAUGCAGUCAUGUUAAUAAACUAUAAAUCCCGGGUCGUGUUCUAACGAUCAACUUAAAAUAUAGUUUAGUGAGCCAUUGUUUAUAAACCGUAGCUUAGGGUUACAUGUGAACCAGGCCACUUUCUGUGACUACAUCUGGCAACAGGGAGUUCCCUAGGUCAGCUGUAUUAUAUAAGGAUUUACCUCAGUAGCAGUGAGUUUGUGGGACUUCUGCAGGGGAUUUUGACAGGUGUGUGGGACAAACCUACUGUCAUUUGUGUGACACCAUAGAGACAUAAUAACAUCAAGCGAUCAACAGGUGGAAAGCUCUGCACACCUUCCAAAUUUGGCCUGCAACACUGAUCUUGAUAAGGAUCUGACCUGUGGAGCCAUUAAGGUUCACCCCUUAUUCCUUAGUGUGGAGCAGUGGACAAUUCAUAUUUAUGGUUUAAACUUAGGGAGAAUGACAUACUUUUUCACAGGGUUUCCUUUUAAAGUUUGUGAAACCUUGUUAGACCUUGCAAAAGGACUUAAUCACCCCCUGAGUUCCAUUUAAGUACAUUUAUUUAAGCAUUUAGUGGAGAGAUUUAUAAACGGAAAGUUUCUUUUAAAAGAACAUAAAACACAUAAUUAACUAGCUACAUUUUCCUUAUCAGGAUAGCUAACAUUUGGUUACUGACAUUUCCAAGCAGCUUGCAAUUGAGAGCAAAUGGACACUUACCUUGUUUUUUGUAGAAACAGAGCCAGGCUUUGAUUCUUCACCGAUGGCAUGAAAGCCAAAGAGAAUCUGGCAAUCUAGAUUAUGGCAAGGUGUUUCUAGGGAGCGCAGUAGACUAUAGACUAAUCAAUAGGAGGUGGGAAUUCACACGCUGCAAUCAGAUAGGUUGAAGUGACCAUGUGUCUUUAAGGUGUUUCCUACAUUUUCAUUAAUUAAUAGUUUGCUGAGUCCUUGUGUGAGAGAAGUGGAGGGUAGUCCACAAACAUUUGAAUGUGGAAUGAGGCUCUACUGGCUGUCAGUUCCUAGGCUUGAGGUAUUAAAGAAGGAGGAAGGAGGUCGUUUUUCAUUGCAUUCACCCAUUCUCCUGAAAACACAUUUCUUUCUUUGGCAUCGUUUUUCAUCCCAUUCCCAACUCCAAAAAUCAUCUGGAAAAGCAAACACCAAACACUUUGGACCAGCAAUGUAAAGCACUGCAUCUGACUAGUGUUGAUGGGAAAGGUUUACAACUCCCAAGAAUUAGGCUUCUAGCAGUAGUGGUCACUUUGAAGGGGGGGGGGGGUAAACUCCACCAAGUAUUAGCGCUCCAGCUAUGCAGGCCAGGUUGCUCUAGCUAUGUAGGCCGGCAGUGGUUUUCCUGUCUGGCUUCCUGCUUUAGUUGUGCUGAACAUGCCCAGCUAUGUAGGCCGGCAGUGGUUUUCCUGUCUGGCUUCCUGCUUUAGCUAUGCUGAAGAUGCAAACAUAUACAAUGCAAAGCAAACAAUAUAUGCAAAGGGGGGGGGGGCUUAGCUAGCCUAAUAAGGUAAUGAAGUGUAUCUCUGCCUGUUGAUUGGGGAGCAACUGGGGAACCAAGCUUGCAGCUUCAGUAUAAGAAUGCUUGCAAGACAAUAGGGGGCGCGGCCAGUCUUUGGAAGCUAUUCCGCUGGCUGUCUCUGCGCAGAUUCUGCAAUAAACCUUUUUCUCUGUGAAACCCACCCUGGUGUCUGCUUGACUCCUUCACGCUCACGGCGAGGGCACGAGGUGACUGGAUCCGGACCCCUUAGGUUCAGAUAUCCUAGCAACUUCUUUUGGGAGAAAGGAAAUGACAUCGUUUUCCUUCUUCCUUCACAUGUUAAACAAACUUUUCUGUGAAGCCCAGCACCGAAUAUAUUCAUAGCAUGCACAGACUCAAGUUGCCUUCAUUGUACAUUAAUUCCCUUUAUUUCUUCCCAGGCAUUUCAUGAUGCUGUCUUGUAACUGCAGCAUGACAAUCUCGGUGCCAGCCUAAAUAGACAAUACAGCCAUAUGAGCUAUUCUUGGGAGAAAUGAAAGGCUCAUUGAGAAAUAAUGUUGAUGGAUGCUUCAACUCCACAGCAAUCACUGCUCAAGAUGUGCAAACAAUAAACAAAAGACCCAGUAUAAUUUUAUGGGUGAUGAUGCUUUAUACAGUAGAUUUUGUAUGAAGUCCUCUGCUUGAGUAGCAGGGCAGAGGUUCAUGGUUGAGAGUAAUGAGAAGCAGUUUCAGCUGUUGUAGCAGAACCUCAAUGCUAAGUUGUAGAAGAACUGCGUAUCUGACGAUGGUAGAACUCUAGUCUCUUACAGCAAUUAGGCAUCAAUCCUAAACACUCCUGCAAGGCUGUUUAACAUAGUCAGUCUUACUUCCAAGUUGACAUCUGUAGGAGAAAUGACACAUUGUGUAUACAGUCAUACCUCGGGUUAAAUAUGCUUCGAGUUGAGCACGUUCGAGUUGCGCUCCUCGGCAACCCGGAAGUAACGGAGCGCAUUACUUCCAGGUUUCGCUGCUUGCGCAUGUGCAGACGCUCAAAAUGACGUCACGCGCAUGCGCAGAAGCGGCGAAAAGCAACGCGUGCAUGCGCAGACGUGCCGUCGCUAGUUACGUUUACCUCUAGAUGCAAACGGGGCUCCGGAACGGAUCCCGUUCAUAUCUAGAGGUACCACUGUAUUGAAGAGUUUUGAAGCAGGAAUGGUGCAAGAUCGUGGCAGAGUCAAAACAUGAUUGGUUGUCACCGUUCAUGGCAGAGAUGAAGUAUCUACUGAAUUGCGAUAAGGGACAUUCCCAAAUAAGCAAUGGUAUAAUUUAUUGAUUUUAUGAGUGGCUGGCCGCUUAGCUUUGCAAACUUACUGUUAAUUGAUAUUGAACUGCAAGUGGGAGAAUCUCUGUCCAUUCCCCAUGUGGCAGGAAAAUUGAUUGGUGUGUCCUCCAAGUUCCUGCAUUAUAAAUGUGGGUUCUAGCUGUACUUGCUAUGAUCUUCGUAUGGAGAUGAGAGCUUUAUGUCUGCUUGACACGGUGAAGGACUGAAGGAGACAUAUAUAUUUUCAGAAUAUAUAAUGUAUUAUUUUUUUUACUAUAAUGAUGUUUUUUCUGCUUUUAUUGUUCUUUGCCUACUAAUAAACUGUAAAAAUGAAAAAAAUAUAUAUGUUAGGAUCCUUUCAGUAAAGCAGCUACUAGUUCUGACUCUAUCAAACAAAGGAAAAAGUAAAUGAAAUUUAUAAUUAUUAUCUGAACAAAUUUAAAUCUACCAGACAUGAUAAAUUACUGGUUAUCUAAGUUAUACAUAGUACUUGUUAUGUUCCUAAAGUAACAAAGUGACCUUCAAACUGAAAGGGAUGCAGAAAAAUAAUUUAAAAGUGUAUAUUUUCAAUUCUUCCUUCCUUUGAAUUUUGCCCAUGUGAAAACAUGCCUCAGCUCUAGCUUCAAGCUGAGGAAGAGGGUUGGUUUUUCCUUUGGCUCUGUGCUUCCAGAGAACUCCAAGUGCUUUGACACCACCAAGUCCCCCAGUACCCUUUUCUCCUCUACAGCUCUGGAGAUGAGAUGUGGGACUUCCUUUGACAUAGCUGAAAUAGCCCCCAGCCAGUUGAUCUAGAAAGCACAGCAUGAUCAGAACUCAGAGUAACUUGAAAUUAACAAGUGGUUAUGAUGGCUUCUUUAGUGACAAGAUACAUUAAAGUAAACAGAUGUAUAAUUUUUAUACUGUUCAGCUACAUUACAUUGCUACCCAGAGGUCCUUUAAGUCAGUACACUUUCCCUUCGGCUUUCUUGGGAUUGGCUGAGCUCCAGCAAGGUGAAACAGGUCUAAUUGCAUUCAUGUCUUCCGUGCUUUGUUAUAACUGACGAUUUGACUUGGCAUUUGUUGUGAUUCAUUCAACAGGGUGGCCUGAGUGCUCAAGCUUUCGUCCGCAUAGAGAUAGAAGACAUUAACGACAAUCACCCUGUCUUCGACCCAGCGACUUACACAACAAGCAUCAGCAGUCAUACGCAGCCAGGAACAGAAAUAAUCAAUGUCGUUGCUACGGACAAGGAUUCUGGAAUAUAUGGAGUUGUGACUUACGAAUUGCUGCCGGGCGACUUCUCUUCCCUGUUCACAGUGGAUACAUCUACAGGUAUGAUACAAGGUGCAUGAGACCCACAAUUUAAAAUCAUAUUCUGCUGGUACAGAUCAGGAUAACUCCCAGAACACUGCGCAAAGGGAGGAGAGGGCUGAUGGUUUUGCUGGGCAAGCUGAAAUGGUCUCUGAUGGGACCAUAUCACUACAUGGAAUUCCACGCUUAGUGUUCGUAUCCAAUGAUGUCUUUGGAAUAUACACUUUUUGUGAGAACAACCUACUCCGCGCUACCCUCCCACUGAAGACAAUGUCAGUAUUUAACACUGCCUUAAUUGACUAUUUCAAAUGACAUAGAAUGUAUUUCAGUAGAAUGCCUUUCAUGAAGAGGAACCUAGACCGUGAAAACCUGGGCUUUAAUAAAUCUUGUUACAGUGCUUACUCUUCUGUUACUGCUGCUUUCUACAAGGCUUCCUUCCAGUUAAGUGUGCAUAGGAGUGUGACUUUAGGCCUAAACCCAGCACAGAAUUAGGUGUGCUUAAUCUUGUCAGUUUCAGUGGGGUUAAGCAAGUUAAAUUCUGUGUUGGAUGAAGUCUGUCUUCAAGGUGCUGUCUCUCCUCACCCACCCAGCCCCCACCAUGUCCUAUUGAACAUUGUUUCUUCAUCAAGUGAAAAAUCAUGUUCUCCCUAUGCAUUUAUGCAGCAUAUAAAUGGAUUUUCCCUGGGUUUUGUGAGGAGACAGUUGGUCUGCUGAAAUCGUAACAUAUGCUAAAGAUGAGCUUGUGAAAGUACACACAGAAUAUGAAGAGUGCAGCCAUGAAUAUGGCAAAGAUAUUUUGAGUGAUUCCUUUGUUUAUCUUUGUAGCUAAUCUUCUCCAGUAAAGCAUGUAACUUGCUUGGAAAUUCCUGCAUGUGGGUCAUGACUGCUUCCAUGUAACAUGCAGCUUGUUUCUUGUUCCAGCUUGGAUUUCUGAAAUCAUUUCAGAAGAGCUUGCUUCAGGACAGGUUUGGGUGUUUAAAGUGGUAAAACAUUCUGGAUAUAAGGUAUUAUUUGUGGCCCAUCAUGGUUUACCUCAGUCGUAGUGGCUGGUAUCAUUGGCUCUGCUUAGCAAAGCAAACAUUUGGUGUAGAAGACCUGUUCUGUCACAGGUUUUGACAAAUGCAGCAGUAAAAUAACAUUGGAUUGUGUGUUUUCUUUUUUUAAUCCCAAUUUGACUGUGAAUGUGAUUUUGUCUUACUCUUUAUUACAGGAAGAAUUAAUCUAUUUUAAUUUCUAAACUGCACAUGGCAUUUUUAUAUGGUGUGUAAUAAAGCAAAAUCAAUGCACACAUGAAAGGGUUGACAUGAGUAAAGACAGAUUGUGAGAUUGAAAUCGUUUAUUUUGGAACAUUCUGAAACCACAUCCUUUUGAAGAAAGCCUUCCUUAGUUUUUUGUCCAAUCUGCAUAAGUAAUUGAUAGCACAUUGAGACCACUGAAAGUAAAUGGGAGUAGGUUAAUGCGUUUGGCUUUGACCUUUUGAGAACUAGUUGUUCAGUAACGGAAAUCCUAUUCGUGGUCUGAACUUAGCCACUAAUGGAUUCAUGCCUCUGUUAAAAAGCACCACAGAAUUUAACCUAAGUAAGAUUGAGUGGAACUUUCAGGUAUGGAGAAUACUGGGAACAAUUAGGGUUUAAAAUGGCUCAGGGGGGAAUUUGCAGUAGAGGUUUCUGGAACUAAUCCAAAGCACUUUUGUGUAUGAGAGUUAUUCACUGAGUACUGGCUAGAACCUGACCCAGUAACUGAGCACCUUGGAGGAUGGGGACUUGUUCUGAUGAUCCAAUAGCUCGCCUAACUGACUGAGCAAAUCACAGCUCAAAACCCUUCAGAAAAUGUGUACUGCUACCCUUCUUUCUGCUAGCUUAGGAUUCCUCAAGAAUGAUUUUGCGCUCUCUCUCUCUCAGUCCUUUCUCUAAGCAUGGAGCAAAUUAUGGGACACUGCAUUUGUAUCGCUCAACAACAACAACAACAACAACAACAACAACAUUUUAUUAUUUGUACUCCAUCCAUCUGGCUGGGUUGGCCCAGCCACUCUGUGCAACUUCCAACAUAUAUCAAAACAUAAUAAAACACUACACAUGAAAACAAGGUUUGCAUCAUCCUUAUGGCUUUAGUAUCUGUGUGUUUCCUCCAUUUUGCAGUUUUCCUGAAUCCAAGCACAGUUAUACUAAUAUUAAGUAUGUUAAUAUCAAAUGUUAAGCAGUAAGAACAAAUGUCGGUAGUUUCCAGAUUGGCAUCUCCUUUUCAAAAACCAGACUUCCUGUAUAAAUAGAUGCCUUUGAUGGCUCUCUGGAAACUGCAGUUGCUUCAGAAUACAGGUAGCCAAAUGAGACUGGUGAUUAGGAACACAUCUCACCAAUGUUCAAAGAAUUUCACUGGAGAGUGGUUUUCUUCCAAACACAAUUCAGAGUUUUGGUGCCUACCUUUAAAGCUUCACGUGACUCAGGGCUCAGUUACCUGAAGAGCAGCUGCUUCCACAACAGCCUACCUGUGCAUUAGGAUCACUGGUAUAUUCUUCAGAAGCUGUCUGGAGGGCUCCUUCUGUCUAAAUUAAGUGGGUUAUGAUUGGAGGAGAGCCUUCUUGGUGGUGCCACCCUGUUUGUGGAAUUCCUUCCCCAGGGAGGCUCUCUUCCUUUUGCCAUCAGGUAAAACUUUUUUGAUACUUUCGGCCUUUAAAAAUGUGAUUAUUUUAAUUGCUGUUUAAGUUUUCAGUAUUUUGUUUUCUAUCAUUUAAUUGUUAUGCAGUCUGCCCUGGAAUGACAGCAUACAUUGUUUUAAAUAAAUAAGUGAAUACAUAAAGUAGCCAGUUCAAGGAAUGUUUCACAUAGAGGCCAAUGACUCCUGAGAUAGGUGGAAGGAAAAGCAUUUGACCUUUUGUAUAGAAAUUGCUGGGAUUGAUCAAUACAGUGGUACCUUGAGUUACAAACGCCUCAGGUUACAAACUCUUCAGGUUUCAAACUCUGCUAACCUGGAAGAGUUACCUCGAGUUGAGAACUUUGCCCCAGGAUGAGAACGGAAAUCGUGUGCCGGUGGCCCAUCGGCAGCAAGAGGCCCCAUUAGAGAAAGUAUGCCUCUAGUUAAGAACAGUUUCAGGUUAAGAAUGGACCUCUAGAACGAAUUAAGUUCGUAACUAGAGGUACCACUGUAUAUCAAUUACUACAAAUGUGUGAGAUGAUUUAAUAUUUUGAUGUACAUAUUCCAUUCCUUUAUGAUUAAAUUUGGACAUCAUGCCAACCCAUGAUAUGAGCUUCCAACUAUAGAGGCUUAGUACCACUUGUCUACUUUGAAUUUGUGUCUACACAGCACUCCAACCACUUGACUCAGUAGCCUACAGAGUUGGAACAUUGUCUGUAUAUAGGAAUAACAAAAGUGUUUUUGUUGAGUCAGGCUAUUGGUCCAUCUAUCUAGCCCAGUAUUGUCUAGUCAGGCAGCAGCUCCUCAGCGUCUCAGAGACAUUUCCCAUCACUUGUUACCUGCGCCUUUUAGUAGGAAUGCCAGGGAUUGAACCCAGUACAUUUGGUGUACAGUGGUACCUUGGGUUACAGACUCUUCAGGUUACAGACGCUUAAGGUUACAGAUUCCACUAACCCAGAAAUAGUACCUCGAGUUAAGAACUUUGCUUUAGGAUGAGAACAGAAAUUGUGCAGCAGUGGUGCUGUGGUAGCAGCGGGAGGCCCCAUUAGCUAAAGUGGUACCUCAGGUUAAGAACGGUUUCAGUUUAAGAACGGACCUCCAGAACAAAUUAAGUUCUUAACCCAAGGUACCACUAUACAAAGCAUCUACAUGAUCGCUUAUCUGUGGAUCCCCUUGGUCUGCCAGUUCAGACAUCAGUCAAACUAUAGUUAACACAAACCAUAAUUUACCAACUGAGAACUCCUAUUUAUGGUGUGCAAACCAAUAUGCUAAUAGGUAGAUGAGCUUCCUUAACCAUGAGUUUGGCUUGUUGUCUGAACGGAACUAUCUUACUGGGUUGUGUCUGCCAUAAGAAAGAGAGGUAAAGCAGGAUUUUCGUAACAUUCAAGAACACAAAAAGCUUCUGUUCUGUAUUCUUUGUCCAGCCUUUUUCUGUGUGUUGCUGUGGUUACCAUCAGGAAAAGCGGCCUUAGUCAAUCCAGUGCAUAAGGUCGUAAAGGUAACAGGCAGCAAAAAUCCAGUAAACCAAGAUAAGCUGCCCUUCCGGUGAUGUACAACAUAAAAUAUACAAUCAGUAAUUAAAGUAUUAAUAAAUUGCAACGCUAAAAAACAGUACAGCAAAGCAGCAUAAUAACAGAACUGGAUUAAAGGCUUUGUGCAUCGCUGACUCAUGUUUCUCAAGAGACUGAAGUUUUUGUACUUAAUUCUUAGUUCAUAGAUCAGACAAAUAGGCAGGUUGGAGAAAAAUUCAUUCUGAAUAGGUCACUGGAAAUGAGCAUUGACCUGCCUGAGUGUUAAGUUGCUUCAGCUGCCAGAUUUGAAGGUGAGUUUGGGUGACGAACUGUGCAUACCUUUUUAGCCAUCUGCCUGCUGUCUGAGUUGGCUGUCAAAUCGUAUUAGUUGGAAGCCAUCUGGGUAUAGUUAAUCUAUAUUUUUCCUCUUAAUAGCUUAUUUUUUCAAAAACACACACACAACCCCCCCCAACAACAACACUCUCAGUGCAGGUUUGCUCUACUGCAGGUGAUUACUACUUGAAAGAGCCUAGAAAUCUGAAAAAUUAUACCUUUAAAUGGUUAGAAGUAAACCAGUCCAUUUGAAUGAUCUACUUCAUUCUACCUGCUGCUGUUGACUACUAACAAAUGCAUACUUCACACAUGCUUUAGUUACCUGUAGUUAAAGAGCUGUGUAUCAGAAAUGUUAAAUAAAUUGCCAGAACAAGCAAGUCAACCAAUUAGAAGCUGCAGGCAGAUGGCCACUGUUUUGCACCAUGCAGCUGAUUGAAAGCAAAUCCCGAAUGCCCAGAAUGCAAUGCUACAUGAUGCAGGGUGGUGGGCAGAGCAGGCACAGAUGAAUUUGAGGUUUGCAGUAAGUUUGGUUUCCAGCCAGCCACAGGGCUGCUGGCCAGAGGAUGCUGUAAAUUAGUUUCUUCUGGAACAGCAAGAAUGGUAAAAAUGAAUCAAAGUUCUACACAAGGGGUGGGGAUCUGGUGGGUGGGCUGGAUCGCUAAUCUGCCUUCCCUGUGAGCCAGCUGAGAGUCUCACCCACCAGUCAAGCACCUGAAGAAUCUUCCCCAGUUAUGGCUUGGGUGUACCUCAUAGUUUAUUCUUGGUUUCUGUACCAGGAAGGAACUGAUGAGUUGCCUGCUCAGAACUAAGGUGAUCUGUGCCCUUCAUUGUAUUAAUUGCUGGUGGCAAAGUAGAAGCCAUCUGUCAGCUUGCCUCAUGCUGGGAAAUGUGGGCUGUGGUUUCUGCAUUUACUCAAAGGUCAGGUUACCAGUACUUAACUUAGUAUAGCAAUCAGCAUGUUACUUACCUGGAGGUAAGCGGAUUUGUAUCCAGGUAAAUGCAAGCCUAUGCCUAACAAAGGCUACAGGUAAUUCCGUUGAUUCGCUCUAAUCCACCCUACAGUUUGAACCAGAAAGAAGCACACCGGGGGCUGUGCAUGUACCAUAGGGUAAAAUCUCAUUUUCUGUGCAGCAGAUGCUGCAAAAAUAAUAAUAUAUGCACUGAUAGUAAUCCUAUUAUUAGUAUAGGGUUUCUCUGAUUACUUGCAGCUGAAUAUGAAAUAUAAGUUUCCCAUUCUGAGUGAAAGAUCUAUGUAGAUCUUGUUUAACAGAUCUAAUUCCUUCAAUAUUAUACGCUCAAGAAAACCCCUCACCUUCAAACAUCCUCAUGAACAAGACAGAUGUGCUCAGUAGCACCAAUGUGCAAAUGGAGCUAUUUAUAUGCCACAGCUUUCUCCUUACCUUCAGAAUGGAAGUUGUUCUGCUGCUGAAGUGAAUGUGGAAGUCUCAGUAGAGCAGGGUGUGCCACGCUUUGGUUCAUGGGCCACCAGUGGUCUGUGAGCUUCAUUGAGGUGGUUCACUGUCUGUGGAUUUGUAGUUGAAGAUGGGAGACAGCACAUCCAUUGCAUUCAAUAGACUGAUUUUAGUUGCUCAUAUUAUCUAUUUUAUUGUAUUGCUGUUUGAAUUCCAUGGAGUACAAUGAAAUGCAAUAUAUAAGAAAUAAAAGAAGCAAUACAAAUACAAUAAAAAAACCAUACAGCAUCUGACGCAGCGCGUUACUAUUGUUGCUGCAACAGGCAGAAAAAUAGUUAAGUGCUCCACCAAGAUGCUCAGCAAUUUUCAAGUGGUCGAUGGGGUGGGGAGAGGGGAACCUUAGGAACCAGGGCAGCGGAAGAUCUCUGAGAUUCCCUUAUAAAAUGAGUGGCAGAAGCAGCAAAGGCUGUAGGUGUUGAGGUCACAUCUUGGCAGGAGCAAGAGAGCCAUUGGGCACACCUGCGCCUUAGCUGACAUGCCUCUUCCAUGGUUUAAUAGACUAGAUGCAGAAUGACACAAAUUCACUAGCAGUAUGUGUACUGUAGUGUCCACUACAGCUUUGGAUGGUGCACUAGGUGAAAGAAUCAAUUGCAGCCAAACUGGGUAGUAUUACCUACUGGUUGGGGGUGGGAUGUUAUCUUCAAAGUGCAAAGUCCCUCUUCAGAUUACCUUCCCUUUGUUGCACAUGCCGCCCAGGGGUUUUUCUGCUACUCUCCAAGGCAUGGAAAAGCAAAGGUAGCUGUGUUUUUACUCCAUCUCUGCUGAAUUACUGCAGUGUUUUUUCACGCUGGGUAAACAAUAUUUGCUGUUUUCUGUGUUUGCUAUAACACACACACACACACACACACACACACUCUUAAAGUGAUCAAGAGGCAGUUUGUUUUUGUAGUGGUCUGGCAGUGUAAAAUGGAAAUUUUGUGAACUGCACCUAUUGGUUGUCUGUAAGUAUUUAUCUGCUUCAUCUGUUUUCCAUUCUCCUCCUUAGCGCUUUAUCCCAAAUUAGUCAUUCAGCUGAUUAAACAAUUCUACAUUGUUAAGUCAGAUCUUGUUAUUCACCAUUCUUCCUACUCCUGUCUGAAAUGCUGGAAUUGCUGUCAGUCAGUAUAGAAAAUACUGAUGGUCUGACUGCAUGAGGCAUAUGAAGUGGUCUUGAUCUCCAGCGUGUACAUAUAGGGUGGCCUCCUCCUCCUCCUCCUCCUCCUCCUCCUCCUCCUCCUCCUCUUCAUUACACCUGAUCCUUCAUGGAAUUUCCAUGCCUUCUGUGCUUUGCUAUUGGAGAGAAGCACUUGUGAGCAUCUUUCCUCCUUGAGUUGCACUAAACUUUAAUAAAUGAAGUCAUUGGUCCUGUGCCUCAGUCUAUAACAGAUGAGAAUUAAAGGUAAUAGGUUGGUUCCAGAAGUGCCCUUUCAGAUGUUGAAGGCAUCUCCCACUCAUGGAUGGGCUGCUUGCGCAAGUAGAGCCUAGCUGAAAUAUGUUCUUCCACUUACACAUUCCCUUGCACAGACAGAAGUGUGAAAACUUGCCUAUUCUAGCACAGGGUGAACUCUUAGGCAAGUGUUAGCAGAACAGCCCUAACGCGGUAUCUUCUGCAAUAAUGCUCAAAACAGAAGAAAUAGCGUAUUAGUUUGAACCGCAUUAAGUGAAAAACACGCGCAAGAGCGUUUGGCUAGAAAACACACCACCUAGAAUCAAGCAUAUGUGUAUGAUUAUGUUUUAAACAAAAAUGAGACAGAUAUUGGAUAUCCUGAAGAAAAAGUAAAGUGCUUUUUAUAUGCUUGUGGUCUUAAGUACAUAGGAAGAGCCCGCUGGAUUGGGCCAAUGGCCCAUCUAGUCCAACAUCCUGUUCUCAUAGUGGCCAAUCAGAUGCCUGUGGGAAACCCGCAAACAGGAUUCAAGCACAAGAACACUCUGCCUUCCUGUGGUUUCCACCAACUUGGCAUUCACUACCCCCCGCCCGGAGUUUAUUCCGUUUGGUAUCUUUGUGAAUGGUAUGAUACUGAAGUGCAGUCGAUAGUCCUGAUUAUGAAAAUGGGUGAAAUCUAGGUUUUUAGUAACAACUUUAUCCCUUAAUGGACUGUAACGAAACAAACAAACUUGGAUUCUCUAAAAUUAAUUCGUGUUUUUUUCCAUCUGAGGGAAUGCAUGGAAUGAGGGUCAUUCAUGUGACCCUGUGGAUGGAUAGAGUAAAAGGUAAAAAGGACCCCUGGACAGUUAAGUCCAGUCAAAGGCAACUAUGGGGUUGCGGGGCUCAUCUUGCUUUCAGGUCAAGGGAGCCGGCGUUUGUCCAUAGAUAGCUUUCCGGGUCAUGUGGCCAGCAUGACUAAACCACUUCUGGUGCAACAGAACACCAUGACAGAAUAAAAAAGUAAUAAAAAGCGGUACCUGUAUCUACUUGCACUGGCAUGCUUUCCAACCGCUGGGUUGGCAGGAGCUGGGACAGAGCAAUGGGAGCUCACCCCGUUGCGGGGAUUCGAACCGCCAACCUUCUGAUCAGCAAGCCCAAGAGGCUUAGUGGUUUAGACUACAGCGCCACCCUUGUCCCAUGGAUAGGGUAUUGGGAAAUGGAGGAACUGGAUUUAAAUCACUUCUCACAUCUCCAAAAUGGAAAUAAUGGUUUGCCCUUCCAAAGAAGCUAUAGACUGCAUUGCAGAUUAUUUUAUGGUUAGGAGGCUUGGAAGAAUCAGGACAAUAGUUAAAGACAUGAGCAAGUAGGCAGAGCUAGAUUUGAUUGCCUUCUUCUAGGCCAGGAUGGAGAACCAUUUUCAGUGGGUUGGGCAAGAGGCAAAAGUGUGCAGAGCAGUGAAUGUAAAAUUUGCUCUUGCACCGUAGGCUUGUUUCUGCAUUCAAACACCCCACUCUAUCCUGAUGCUUGAACUCAGGAACCAUAAUGCCAAAUUUGGCCAUGCUAUCCCAAGAGGUGUCCAAAUCCACAGCAAACAGAAACCGUGUUCUAAAAUAUAUAAACGAUAAUAGGUGAACUUUCAUUUUUUCUACUCUUGCAGUGGUGCUCUUGACACAUUUUUUUUUUAAGUACACAUCAAUUCUGUGGCUAACACUUCUGAACUUCAGAAAUGACAGGGAGAAAUAAUUUUCUUGUCCCAUUUGUUCACCUUUUCUUCUCCUUUACAGGAAUUGUCUACCUGAUAGCAUCUCUCAGUAACGUGGAACAUACCAGUGUGCUGUUGGCUGUUUCUGCCCGGGAUGGAGGUGGCCUUGGUUCCACUGUUAAUGCAGUUGUGACUGUGAAGAUCCUGCAGACAGCUGUGGCUCCUGCUGUUUUUGAGAGAUCACGUUACACUUUUUCCAUCCCUGAAGAUGCACCUGAAGGAAGUGCUGUCGGAACGGUGAAAGCAAGGGAGCCCUUGAGUAAGUGGCCUUGGAAAACAUUCAGACAGAUUCCAGUGCCCCCUGAUUUGUUACAGGCUACAAACAUAUGCAGCCAGUAUUGUGUUAAAUGUUAUUUUUAUUCUUUCAGUGGAGAAAAGCACACAACUAAAUGUGAAACUAGGUUUUGAAUUACAGUCAUACCUCUUGUUACGUUUGGUUCAGGUUACAUUCUUUCAGGAUACAUCCUGCGGCGACCCAGAAGUAACGGAACGGGUUACUUUCGGGUUUCGCCGCAUGUGCAGAUGCUCAAAAUGACAUCACGCGCAUGCGCAGAAGUGGCGAAUUGCGACCCGCAGAUGCGGGUUGCGUUCUCCUCAUUUUGCGAAUGAAGAUCUGGAACAGAUCCCGUUCACAACCAGAGGUACCACUGUAGUGUAAUAGUAAGAAACUAGUGCAUUUUCCCACAUUUGAGUGUUUCCUUGUGGUUUCUUGGGAGACAAUAUUAAAAGAGAUAUAAACAAACAUGUAUGCAUGCAUACAUACAUACAUACAGUAUGUUUAAAAAAUAAGUACUUCCAUUAUAACAGUUAAACUUUACAAGGUACCCUGGGCUCAUGUAUUGUUUCCUCACUUGCACGCAUCGAGAGUCAUGCAGCCAUAUCAAGGUAGGAUAUUGCUAGGUGGAGAUGGGGAGGCUCGCAGGCCCCCUUCCUCCAUGCUUCCUAAUGUGCUGUCAUGCUGUAUGUGUGCAUGGUUUAGGAGGGGAGGGAAGGAGGCUUUAUUGGACUCCUCAGUGUGUGAGCUCUGUAACUAGCAUGCAAAUGGAUUGUGCCCUAUGUGUGUAUUCCUAAAUGGACUAGGAAAAAUUGUGGUAGUGAAAGAUGAGUACUAUUUAUACGUAGGCAAAGUUGCUUGAAACAAUUAGUGUUCAAAUACUAGCAGGGCUUGCUGAUCAGAAGGUCGGCGGUUCGAAUCCCUGCGACGGGAUGAGCUCCCGUUGCUCAGUCCCUGCUCCUGCCAACCUAGCAGUUUGAAAGUGCAAGUAGAUAAAUAGGUACCACUCCGGCGGCGUUUCCGUGCACUGCUCUGGUUCGCCAGAAGUGGCUUAGUCAUGCUGGCCACAUGACCCGGAAGCUGUACGCUGCCUCCCUCGGCCAAUAAAGCGAGAUGAGUGCCGCAACCCCAGAAUUGUUCGCGACUAGACCUAACGGUCAGGGGUCCCUUUAUCUUUUAUGGCAUAUAUGAAAAUUGGGGGAAAUGAGUCUGAAUGUUUAAAGGAAUUUCUGUCACACAAUAAACCAUCAUGAAGCAAGGCUGUUUUCAAACAAAACACCAAACUAUAGUUUAAAAAUUACAUGGUUCAUAAGCCAAAAAACAAACCGUGGGUUUGUGCUAUCGUUUAAUGCCAGAAAACAAACCAUGGUUAGUCUGCUGGGCUGGGUUAGCACUUUCAGACAAACCUGGAUCAGCCUCCCCAACCUAGAACCUUCCAGAUGCUUUGAACUAUAACUACUAUCAUCGCAGGCCAGCAUGACUAGUGGUCAGGGUUGAUGGGAGUUGUGGUCUAAAACACCAGGUUGGCAAAGACUGAGCUGCUAAACAGCGGCUUAGUGUUAUGUUCAAACAAACCUGUUAAAACUGAAUUGAAUAGGUGAGCUGAAAUGGCAGCUUUUAGCAAUAAAUUUGUGGGUAUUUAAGGUGCCAUGGGACUCUUGUUCUUUUUUAAGCAGCUUGAACACUAUAUGUAUUGAGAAGCACAGUGAGAGACUAAAGAUGCAUCUGUGGCUUCACAUAUUCUGCCAUUCUCCUCUACAUAAGCAAAUGCUUUAAUUACUUAAUACAUUGCAACCCUUACAGGAUGUGGCCUGGCAGUGGCCUAGGAUGGUUUGAUACUGACUCUCCAUGGUUUCCUGGGAAAAGUCAGUUUCCCUAGGCUUUGAGAGCCUCUCCUUCCCCCACUCUGUGCGUGCUCUCUAUAUGUUACAGCUUCCUGGUUUGUGCAGUGGUUUGAGGUUUUGACCCUUAGUUCUCACAAAAGUUAUACUAGAAUCUUAAAAUUAGGCUAUACUGGAAUGUUUAUGUGUCUGCUUAGAGUGGAAUUCCUCUGUUCAACCUGACCUAGUUGGAAAGAGUUCCUGUAUAAUUUUAAAUGUGAGAAAUGAUAUUUAUUUCUUCAUAAAAUUUAAUCACACCUAUGGGGUGAAAAUACAGAUCUCGUAAAUGGGCUAACUGCGUGCCUUUAAGUUAGUCUGCACAGCAUCCAUUUUUUCCUACUACACCCUAGAGAUUACAGCAAAAAAGAAAGAAAUAAAACGCAAAAAACUUAGGAAACAAACAUCCAGAGAGGCGUUUAAACUGUUCAACUCACUUAAUGCUGCUGUGCCAUACAUUUCUCAAAUGCUCUAGAGCAUAUUCAGCUAAGUGGAUCUUCUAACAAAUUGGAUGCCUCUUCUUUGACACGGGCGUGUGUUUUGUUUUUAAUCUUCUUUACAGAUUUAUUGGAAACGGUUUCCUACAGAAUUUCCUCUGGUGAUCCCUACGGAAGGUUUUCCAUUGACCCGCAGUAUGGAAUCAUCCGCACUAAGAAGCAGCUUGACCAUGAAGCCCAUUAUCACACCCUUCUCACAGUGCAGUCCCAGUUGGGAAGCUCCCCUGUCUACAGCAGCGCCCAGGUCAACAUAACCGUGAUUGACGUCAAUGACAACCCUCCAGUGUUUGUGUCGGAAUCUGACCAGAUUAAUAUAUCGCGAAGCACGGUGCCUGGCGCAGCUCUUUACAUCGCUCAUGCAGAAGACAAAGACAGUGGGCUAAAUGGUGCGGUCCGGUAUGCCAUUGUAAGCAACGGGUCAAGUAUUUUUACCAUUGAUCCCGUUCUCGGGGUACUGUACCUUGCCAGAACUCUGGAUAGUGAUAGGCAGCAUGAACACACGGUGGUGCACAUUACAGCAGAAGAUCAUGGAAGUCCUCCCUUGAGUUCUCUGUUGAUCCUACGAGUGGUGAUCGACGAGCAUAAGGGACGCCCCAUGCUGACUUUUGAAAAUUUGGUGUAUCAGGUGGAAGUUAGUGAAGCAGCACCCAUAGGUGUCAAAAUUCUGCAAAUCCAAGCCCGGAAGUUAGAUCCCCAGCGUACCCCUGGGAAUGUUGUGUACUCCUUGGAGCAUAACACGGAUUCUGCUUCAUUUAGAAUUGAUCCAGAAGCAGGUGUGAUCUACCUACGGAAUCCUUUAGAUUACGAACUUACACAAAUGCAUAGUUUUAGAGCCUUUGUCUCUAGCACAGCAGAUAAGUCAGGGCAGAAUGCAAGUACAUCAGUGAUAGUUAACGUAAUGGAUGAAAAUGACAAUUCUCCCAUGUUUUUGCGUGAUGCCUAUUUUUUUGACGUGGAGGAGAGUUCGUUAGCCCAAGGUGUGGUUGGCACAAUAGCCGCAGUUGACAAGGACUCUGGAAGAAAUGCGCAGCUCUCCUAUUUCCUCUUAUCAGACGGAAAAUAUUUUAAAAUCAAUUCCAAUACAGGUAAUAUGUUUUAAUAAUCUUCCCUGUUCUCCUUGCGGCAUGUUAAGCUUUCUGCUAAACUAGAGUGCUUGUCGUGUGUGUGUUGUGUGUAUGAAUAUAAUUUGCAUGUCCAAAUUCAGGGUGAAAACAGUGGGAUGUAACAGGCAGACAAAAGAGAGAACAACUGAAUUCUCUCCACUGGUGGAUCUAGCUUCUGCAUGCACUCAAAACUCAUGAUAGGCUUUGCAAAGUGAAUUGUCAGUAUAUUAAAAAGUCAGAUAUGUAAAUAAUAUUACCCGCAGGUCACAUAAUCGUCUUUCUUUCUUUCUUUCUUUCUUUCUUUCUUUCUUUCUUUCUUUCUUUCUUUUACCUUCAAGCUAUUAUUGAGCAGUGAUCAGCAGCUCAAAGGAACGAGCAUGGUACUGCUGAUGCCAUCACAAGUAUCUGUGAAAACUGCUAGCAAAGAUGGUUACAUAUCACUGUCAGGGACAACACUCAAACCCCUGCAAAAGUGCAAAGUUGGAUGGCAAGCAGUUCCACCAUUCCACACAUACAUUACAUAUUGUCUGAGCAGAUGACUUCCAGGACAGAUGCUGGUCAGACUUACCAGUCUGAUAUCUCCAUUCUUUUUUCAUGCCCAUCUCUGAAUCUUAAAACAUUUUCUUAAAACAUUUGCAAUCUUCCAUUUGUAUCUUCCCAGGCCUGCCCUGGGACCUGCCUACGUCUUUCUCUUCCUAAUACUAUCCCAUCCUUACCAUACCUGACAUCUCUUCUCCUUUAACUGAUCCACUGGCCUUCAGUUUGUUGUGUUGCUAUCAGCUGACUUUCCAUUGUUCUUCCUGGUGAAGGAUCUACCCUGAUCUCAAUUUAUACCUACUGCUUGCUCCCUUCCACUGUACUAUAUCCGUAGCUGGAACUCUUGCGGCUUUGGACACGAUUCAAGGACAUUGGUGUGAAAAUGUCUAAUAAUUUUGUAUCACAACUCGUAUGUGAAAUGUAGGAUUAGCAUUUGAGGAGGUGAAGGUCGCUGGAUGAUUCGAAUGCCAAAACCCAGGAUACACAAAGACAGGUAUUUUAACAAGAUAAAAUGAAACGUUGAAAAUCAAUCAGAAGGGAUUGUGUAAUAAAAAGUCAGGCACGAGUGACAGAGCUAGCUGGCGGGAGAGGCCUUGUACUACACAGAUGUGGAAUCUGAGACUACUCUCCACUGCUUGCCGUCUGGAAAACGAGGAAAGCAGAAUGGCUAAUAUAGCUGGGUUUAGAGAGAUAGUGUGGAGAUCAAAGAACUAUAGCACAGUUCCAUAGGAAUGGAUUUCUUACGAAGCACCCAAAAUCCUGCGAUAAAGAAGGCCAGCUGGUCGUGGUAAGGGGCUGCAAGGCUGCAGAAUAUCCUCAGCCCCUACAGCAAAGUGAAGAAAAUGCUUGCUGGUCCCCCCAAAGGGUCUGUGAUGAGAAGUCUCUGGUAUAUGAUGUCUCGUCCAGCUGGCUAACAACUAAAAUAAUUUUCGCUCUUUUCUGCUGGCUGGAAGAAGGAAAUAUUUUGGCUUCUUUAGAGCAGCCAUCUGGCUUUAAAGUUAGCUGUUUCUGUGUGAAGUGGAGUCACUUGGAGUCCAGCGAAGUUAUAAUGACCCCAGGGUACACAAAUAUAUGCUGAGUGACAGGAUCUCUCUUGGCUUUCUGUAGUAUGCAGUGUGCAUAUCAAGUGACUGACGUGGUUAAGGCAGAGUGUGCUAUAAAGCGUGCGCAGCUUGUUAAAACCUGUUAUAUGCAGCCCAUAAUGCUCUUUUUUUAUCACUGUUUCCCCCAACCCCCCACCAGGUGAAAUUAUAAACUGGGUUGCAUUAGACUAUGAACAGCAAGCUCACCACUACCUGAUCGCUCUGGUGACUGACCACGGGGUCCCGCAACAUAAUGCCACAAUAACAGUCUAUAUCUCUGUUACCGAUCUCAAUGACAACCACCCAUGCUUCCCGCAGCUUCUGUCUGGAGCAGACCUACAUGUCAAGGUUUGAACAGAUUGAAAUCCCUUUCUUUCUUAUCCACGUGUAACUUAAAGAAGCACCUUUGUGUCGCGUAUGAAUGCUAUUAAUGUGUGACAGAAUUUGAAAGAGUUGUUUUUAAAUGAAACGCAUGUUCCAACCAGUGUAGGUGUUAAAUUUGCGUUUUACAGACCGUUGUAAGCAAAAAGGCCUUUUAAACCUCAUAGUGUCUUACUGCAGCACACAAUAAUUUUUUAAAAAUUUGUUUUGAGCACCAUCUUGUGGUUAGAAUAUGGGGAAACGGCUGAAAAGCACAGUUGGCACAUAAUCAGGGUAAGCAUGAUUCUAAUAUAUCAAACUACUGAGAUAAAAUCUGUUUAAACUUAAUUUUCAGUUUACUGUAGCCUACAUUUGCUGCACAUGCUACUAGCCCAUAGACAUGUUGGUUAUAUGCAGCUGCUUAUCCCACACAAUGGGAAUGCUUGAUCAGGGUCUGUGGGACCCAGACUACUUAAUUUACUUUUCACAUUUUUAUCAAUUAGUUCUUCACAUUGCCUAACGUAAUGCAACUUCUGCAUGACUUGGAAUUUUGAACUGCCCAAAUGUUCUUUUUGAACUGCCCAUUCCCCCACCCUCUAAAAGCCCAUUUUUUGGGUCCGGAUGCCCAUUAAAAAGCCUUUCCUUUUGCACUCUGCCAGUCCUUCUUAGCGCUUUAGUUUUGAACCUUUCUUUAAUGUAUAUUAAUUUAGUUGGUCUUUCUUCUGUGGAAAGUCUAAUUUUAAUCAAUCUGCUUGCUAUUAGGUUUUGGAAGGGCAACCAGCAGGAACGCUGGUUGCCACCAUGUUUGCCAAGGACCUUGAUUCUGGGAACAGUGGGAUCGUGUUAUAUUCAUUGUCCUCAGGUAAAAAAAUCCUUACUUCUCAAGUACAGAUAAGAAAGUGCACGAUAUCCAGAUACAUUGGGCAAAGUUGUAAGCAUACAACAUAAACUGAGGGCAAAGAUCUGUUCUUGGCUGCUCUUGGAAACUUCUCUUUUCUGAAUCAAACACUGAUUCAAGUUUAUUAAGUGGAAUUCCCACGUCUCUCCAUCACAUGUGGCAUGCUGCCUGUUUAUUAUGAGGUAUAUUCAGUUUUAAAUGUGAGAGUUGUAAAAAUGUCCGAUUUUCAAACUUAUUAUUAUUGACAUGUCUCUCUUCAUGCAUUCAUGAUCUUUGUAAUAUCGGGAGUAGCUCUCUUUACCUUUUUAUCCUUCCACGCUUGUUUUUGUUGCGUUUAGCAUUCUUAAUCGAAAGCUCUGACUUAGCACACCCAGGAUUAAGUUGGUAAUACUAAGUAAAAUAUGUUCAGUAUAGUUUAGGAUUUCAUCUGUUAUAGGCAGAUGCUUUCACCGUCCCAGUGGGAAAAUGACCUUUCCUUUCCCAUGACUAACUGGAAAUCUUCUUCCUAUAGGAAUUGACCAUGACAGUCUGGGACAGGGAUCAAAAGAUAAUGGGAGCAAACAAUGGGGGCUUGUGUAGAUCCUAUUUCAUCCUUUGUUGGGUCGAAUGUUUGCUGGAGAGAAUUCUGCAGCAAAACUGUAUUUGCAGUCAUGUCCUGCUCAUUGGCUUCCCACAGUCUUCUGGUUGGUCACUUUGAGAACAGGACACUGGACUCUGAAAGCAGUAUGCUGGUCUAAUCCUGAAGUGUUCUUAUCUUUCCUUUUACUAGGUCCUAGUUUUGGCUUAUUUAUAAAAAAAAAUUAAAAAUUGCAGGUCUAAAAUGACCCUCUCUAGUGCUAACGUUCUGUGAUCAUGCACUGCACAUUUAUUCUGGAGUCAUUGAACAGAAAACAGUGACAGAGCCUCCAGCUUUUUACAGUCCUUAUUAAAAAGAGCAAAAGGAGGAAGUUUAAAAAAAAAAAGUCCCAUGGAAACCUAACAGACCAAUAUUUUAUUGCUGUCUUAUGAGUUAGGCUAUAGCCUAUUAAAAUUCAUGCCUAGAUACCAGUGUUCGAAACUCUCAUUGUUCUAGGUGCAUUUUGCAGCAGGGAAUUUCAUUAGUGUGAGCAGUUUCUGAGCUCUGAGUACACUAGUACGCCUAAGAUUUUGGAUUAAAACUGCAGAGUGGAAGGAAAGGAGGAGCUUUUUCUGCCUCUCCACUUCCAGCUACUCUCUGAAGACUGGAGAAGAGACACUCUGAAGAAUAUUAGGGGGAUGGGCAGCGAAAGGACCAGACCAUGUGAAAAAUGAACAUAACAUUUUAGCUGCAGUUCAUUCAUUUUCAGCUUUGUAUUCUUGCUAUAAAAAAGUUUGCCUAGACAUUCUGUUGUUGUGCCCAUAACUUAGGUUUGAGGUGCCAUUUAGCUCCUAGCUUUCAUAUCUCAGUUUCUAAUACUGCUUGAUACAUUAAUAGUAGUCUUUGAAACAUGACUAUUCACUUUUGCAACAUAAAACAAAUGGCCGAGCUUCAUUUUUGAAACAACCAUUUUUACACUAUUCACAUUCAAAUAUCAUUGUUAUUUAUCCUUAAAUGUUGGGUUUUUCUUCUUAGCAAAGUUGUGAUUAUUAGCCCAUUUGAAUCGAGAAUAACUCGUGUCACUAAAUUUAAAACUGGUAGAGAAUAAUGCAAUCUUAAUACAGAUGAAUUUUACAUUUCUCAACUGCUAUGCUUCAACAUAGCUCCAAUUUGCAUCCCAGAGUCAGCUUAUACUUGUCAUAAUUAUUUGUUGGUGAAUGAACUCAAACUAAAGUACCAUGAAGACCAAAUUACCUCUUUUCCUUAACAGAGAAAGAACAGUUACUACUUCCUAAAGUCCUCCCAGGAAGACUUGUAGCCUAACAUACUUUCACAUACUGCAUGUGAUAUCUUGGGGGAAAGCAAGAAAUCCAGACUUCACUAACCCCACAAUGACUAGCUCAUUCAUUCCUAAUUGUGAGAAACUGGAUACGUGAAACCUGUUUUCUGGGCCUCUCCAUGGAAGUAAACCAUGGAAGUUGGAGACUGCCUUCCUGAACCACUAGGGUUAGGGUAUGCUAUAAAAUAGAGACUACAGCUGGUGCAGAGCGUUAUUGUUUGGCUCCUGAGGGAAUGGGCUGUCAGAUCCUGGUGCUGCUUCUUCCUGUUUUUAUUCUUGGGUGCAGGCGUCAAGAAAUCCCUCUGGCCCUUAGGUUAAAAAAGGGAGAAAUAUCCAUUGUUCUUCAUGAUAAACUUAACUCACUGACAAUUACCAUUCACUUUUCCUUCUGAUUUGGACUCUGGGUUAGGCAAGUAAAAUGGUUUUGACUUAGACAUGUGUUGCAGAGUCCUUGGGCAGUAGGAUGUUAUUAUAAUCAUUAUUUAUUAAAUUUGUAUACCAGCCUUCAUCCAUAGAUCUCAGGGUGGUUCACAGCAUUAAAAUUUCAAGAUAAAAAACACAAAAUACAUAAUUAAAACAAAAACAAAUACCUCCCCCCCCCACUCUCACAACACAUUUAAAAGAGUAUCAGGUGUUAAUCAGCCAAAAGGUUGGCUGAAGAGGAACGUUUUUGCCUAGAACGUAAAAGGUUUAUAAUGAAGGCCUCCCUCAGACAUCCUGUCUGCUCUUAAGGCCAUGUCCCUUAAUAUUUGGUAAGGCCAACAAAGCUGUUACCUCAUCCUCUGUGUUUCCAGAGGGCCUAAAAUCCAUAUGGAUGCUACACAAGUAUUUUGGAGUGGCUCUUACAGUGCCUUUGCAGGGACAAAUGCAAGCACACCUUGUUGCAGCUGCUCUGGAUUAUUUCUAUGUGUGUUCUACAGCUGUGAUCCUUGCGUCUUGUCCAUUGAACUGUGCAUGUACUUGCUAUUAGGACAAGAGACAGAAGUACUGUACAUCCAUAAGGUGCUUGGGGGAAAGUUCAGUUCACUCUAGCUUUUGCAGCCAGUGACUUUCAGAACAUGCUGCACUGGUUUACUGGUUCCCAUCUCUUGUUUAGUGGAGGUUUUCUGACAAGAAUUGUUCCUUUGCAGACUGAAGAAAAGUUGUAGGUGUCAGUUGAUGCCGAUAGCCUAAACUCAGCAUUUAGCAGGAGAUAAUUUAUGAAAAUAUUUAAUAGUGCAGAAUCAAUAUUUGGGAAUUGUUGUAAAAUGUAGUCAAGUGCAGAGUGGUUGCAUUAAAUUAUAUUUUAUCCCCAUUGUCAGGUUUUUUUGUUCUGCUCUGGUUACCACUUGAAAUAAUUCCAAAGCAACAGAAACUAUUUUAAUGUAGUUUCUGUGCCAAUUUUUCACCAAAAUUGUUUCUCAUCUUGUUUUAUGGUCCGUAAGUAUACACAUGGGCAUUUAUAUUGAUAGUUAUGCAGUGUAACCAAUCUGUUCUAUCUUCAGUAUACACCCAAUGUUUAUUGAAGUCAUCUGUUGCAGUCACUCAGGAUUGUAUUAGACAAAGUAGUUCUGUGAUAGAAGUUCUCCCGCUACUUUUCUCCCCCUCCCCAGAUCUGCUCUGGCUCAGGGAACCCCCAUAACAUGUCUAGGGGAUGCAUAUGGAGGGGAAUAUGAGGGGCAGUUCCACUGUGCAGCCAGAAAUCGAAAUAAUGGGACUACUUUGUUGAUACCACCUCAGGACUUAAGUUUGUUCUGUGAUGUGCUGUUUCUAUAGCACUUCUUAAUGUGCAAGUAUAUUAAUAGUGAUGUAUCUUUUUCAGGAGAAAGUUUAGGCCAUUUCCAGAUUGACAGCAGCAGUGGUGAGUUAAGGACCACUGAAGCUCUUUUGUACAAUUGGCGUUCAAGCUACCAAAUGGCAAUCACUGCAGCUGAUCAGGGAGUCCCUCCUCUUCAAGGACAAGUAGUCAUCACUGUGGAGGUAUUGAUUUGAAACAGACAUUGUUUUCUUGAAGUAUCUGGAGCACAAACCAGUUAGAACAUGCCUGGAGCACCCUCUCCCCCACAAUCCAUAUAUUUCUCUGCUGAGACAAUACUGGAAAGGGAAAAUGUUUUACUCAAUUUUAAAUAUAGGAACUGCAAAUUUUGUUCCAAACAUUUCUGCCUCAUUAAGGGGAAGCCAUCAGCAAGAGUGAGAAAGGCAAUACACUUUUUAAAAAAGAGAAAUUAGUGGGAAACAUGCAAACACUCUGAAACACACACACACACACACACACACACACAAAUGUGUGUGUGUGUCUUGGUUGCAAACUAAGUUAGUUGCACUUGGGUCCCAUUGAAAGCAAUGUGAAAUAAAUUUCAUUGUAAUCAAUUACAGCUUGUGAUCAGUGGGACCUAAUUAUGAAUAAUUUAGACAGGAUCCAACUCUCUGACUUUAUCAGAUUGUUCCUUUGCCUGACACUGUUGGCCUGAUCAGAGACUUUUAAAAGAUAACUUACUGUCCUCUGAACCAAACCCUGGGAACCUCCUGAGAUUGCUUUUCUGAAUACACUCACUUAUCAUCACUGUUGUUGGUUUGUGCCAUUAUGACCAAACAAAAGUGACAAAUUGGAAUUGUGCAAAUGCAGGCAGUGUUGAGCAUGAUUUAACCUGGUGCAUUUCAAACCACAGUUGCUAUUCUGUCAGGGGAUAUACUUACUGAUUAGCUUCAGUAAAGGAGACUUGCUGGCCCCUGUGUAGAAAGACCAUACCUUACAAAGUUUGAAUAAAUACCUUUAAGUUUUUUAGUAGGAGCACUGUAACACACACACACACACACACACACACACACACACACACACUCACACACACUCACUCACUGUGUUGAGAUAACAUUUGUGGUUUGCACAGUGAGUACUGUGCAAGUUAUGCACAAGAUUGCAUAGUAUUAAGGAGAUUUUUUUUUAAAUGAUAUUUAUUGAGAAUGUUAAGGUUACCAAGAAAAAAGAAGGAAAAAACGAGAAAAAGAGAAAAAAAAAGAAAAAAAAUAGAUAAAAGUAACAAUUAAUCAAUACAAAUCAGUAUAAACCAAAGUCAAAAAGCAAAAGCAAAACACACAAUACAUCAAAAUCAAAAAGCAAAAAUAAACAAAAAAUUUAAAAACAAAUCCAAUAUUCCCAGAUCCUUAACUGUCAUUAACUUAUUUCAUCGACCUCGUCACACCUCCCUUUUUUGUAUUCUAGUUGUUAAUUAUCUCAGCAAAUCCUUUCCAUCUUUCACAAUAUUCUGUCAUUAAAUUACCUUAAUCUAUUUUAACCUUAUCUUACCAUAAAAACCCUAAAACUUAAAACUUAAAUCUUAUUUAUACCAAAUUCUCUUAACCGUAACAUAUUCUUACAUAAUUCUUUUAACAUUUCUGCUAAAGCCAAAUAAUUUCAUUCCAACAUUUUUCUAAUACUCAUUAAUUUUAUGAUACUUUUCUAAAUAAAUUUUUAAAACUUUCUUCCAAUCUUCAUCCAUCGUCUCUUCUUCCUGGUCUCGGGUUUUGUCAGUCCUUUCUGUCCCAUCCAUCUAGUCCAUCAACCUGGUGACCUUAUAUCCGAGGCUCUUAAGUCUUUUCCAUGUCCCUUCCGCAGGUCUUCUUCAUGUUUAUACCUGUACUUUACUUUGUCUUCUACUCCUUUCACUCGGAGAGACUCCAGCUUGACAAUAUUUUUGUCCCUUCUCGACAAGUCAGCCCCUUUUCCAUAGUCAACACUGAAGUCCAUGUGAUAUUUAAAGGCAUGUUUCAAGGUCCCUCCAAAGUUAAAGGCCCCCACAACUCCGAGCUCCCCCCGGCCCAAAGCCAGGCUUGAAGGGUCAAAACAUCCCUGCAUAGGGGGGGUCUAUCCAGCCCCCCAUCUCCAAGCCAAGCUGGACUCCAUCUCUCCAAAUCUGACUUUUUCCAGGGUCGUUCGUCAAAUCCAACAACUCAUGUUCCUGCUGGGCCACAGCUCCCUCCAUCUCUGCCACCCGAGGUCCAGCAACAACCUCCUCCCUCAUCUGAUCUGUCAAAACACAUUCCUGGAUUAAUUCCUGAGUGGGUUCUAUAUAGGUACCCACUGCCUGUCCAAAAUUUCCGAUCGCAACAGUCAUCAAAUCCAUCUUCUCAUGUAACUGUUCCAAUAAAGCACUUGUCUUGCAAAAGGCAAACACCAGAGCCUCCGAGCACAUUCUUGUUCAAGGUCGAAGUCUGGUCCCACAAUCUUAAUCUAUUACAGCUGCAAAGCUCCCCAGUUCGGCUUUAAUAACAGUUUCACAGGCUCCCUCUAGGGGAAACAAUUUCUAUUUGUAUCCAUCUUUUUUUUUAUUUUAUAAAAACAGAUCUAGCAACAAAGUUUUUCCUUUUUCGGAUAUUUUGUCAAUAUUUUGUUCCUUUUAAAUGCGAAGGGGAACAAUGGAAUCAAUAUGUUUCUCUUCUUUUAACUAUCUGUCAAAAACGUUUGUCCAUAGUCAAUGAACUUUCCCAAAACGUCUGUCCUGACACCCCGCUCCCAGGUUCAAGACGGUGGAAAAUUGCCUUCCUUUACUCUCUCUUCUGCAGGUUUAAACAGUCUAAAAAAGGUUCCCCCCUCUUCUCCUGCUUCCAAGGGGGGUUCAAUAAUUUUAAAUGAUGAAAAUUUGAUCCUUUACAGACGACUUUCUAAACUCUAGCUUGCCGUGUCUUUGCUUCAAUCUAUCUACAAAAGCGGAAGGCGGACUUCCUGUUUAGACCUUUCCGCUUCAGUGCCAAAUUAAAAAAGUUUCUUAAAUCCAAUUUUCCGUUCUACUCACGGCCAGUUGUUUAAAAUCCAGUUGUCCACAGGAAAAAGUCAGCGCUCUCCGGCAACAGCAAUGCGGCUUCACUCCGUGAAAGAAGCAGUCGAUUCAAAGCACCGCGCCACUCACCCCACGUCGCUCCAGAUCCCCAAAACAGGGUUUCCCCACGAGUAGGGGAGGCACAAAGGUGCCAGCCGAAUCCCACGUCCACAGGCUUCUCCUGCCUGUGGUUUUUGAUGGGUCUCCGCCUUGCCGUGGCGGUUCAGACCCUGUUUUCCAUGGAGCGGAUUCCUCCCGAUCGGAGGAAAUCCGCCAUUGCCAGAGGCGCCAACCCGGAGCAUAGUAUUAAGGAGAUUUACACCUUUUGUAGUUUGCCACUUUUAAUUUGUUUUUUAAAUGGUGCAGCCUCCUUUUCCCAAUAUUCCUUCCUCAAUUAUGGGCCUUCAUCAAGACCUCUGUUGCCAGAUAAAUAUAAGAUUCAUAGCACAUUGCCAAAAAGAAGGUAACUUUAGUUAGUUUUAAAGAAUCCUCUAGUAGUUUUUCCUGAUUAUGCGACUGUUGGGUUAUGAUUCUUGGAAGUGCUUGAGACUGUUAGAAAGAUUUGCACCAAAGCAAUUCCUGCUGUGAUUUGAUAACCUUUCUGCAAAAUCAAUUGAUAGAUUAAACCAUUUAUCGUGUUUUGUGUGGGCUGUAUUCUUACAAGCACAGGAACUCUUUUGGCUAUUAGGGAAUGAUAAAUUUGUGGCUGAGGAAUGGGCGUCGACAAGAAGCCUCUUCUAAGUGUAAACACUUGUGCUGCUUGUUGAAUUCCUGAGGUAUAUUAGCAUUAGCUGAAGUACAUGCGCUCAGGCUGUGAACAAUGAAUGUUCUAGAAAAAGUAAAGUAUAUUUUCAAUAAAUAAGAGCAGUAUUAGUGCUGUUUGCUUGUUUGCUUUUCAAACUUUGUUCUUUUGUUUCAGGUAAUCCCACUUCCCCAAGGAAGAUCUGUUCCCUCCCCAAACAUCAGACAUUUUGUUCUACCAGAAAAUUUUAGGCCUGCGCAAAUGCUGGGCUCUCUAAAAUUGCCUCAUCAGCACCCAUAUUCCAACAGAAAACAGCAUUUUAGCAUAUUUGAAGAAGAUUCUGAUGCUCCAUUUGAAAUCAACAGUGCUACUGGGGAUCUGUUUCUUUCCAAGGAACUUGAUUAUGAAACAGUAUCUCACUACUUCCUUAGAGUUGUUGUGAAUGUAUACCCGAAUAGUUCUCCACAGAAUAAUACUUUUUUCCUCAGUAUUGAUGUCAAAGAUGAAAACGACCACUCACCAUCUUUCCAGGAUGACUUCGUUGUAAUUGGGAUAGAGGAGAAUGUGCCCGUUGGCACCUUGGUGUACACGUUUAAUGCAAAAGAUGGAGAUGGAAGUUUUUUAAACAGCAACCUUCAGUAUUCUAUACACGGGAAUGACUUCACUGAAAAUCCAUUUCUCAUUCACCCCUCUUAUGGUAGCUUAAUCACAGCAGUUCCUCUUGACCGAGAGAUGACUCCAUUUGUUGUCCUGACAGUAUCGGCAACAGAUCAGGCUGCAAACAUGACUGAUCGCAGGCAGAGUUCAUUGACAGCAAAAGUCAUCAUUUUAGAUGUCAACGAUAACCACCCUAGCUUCGUUUCAUCUCCUCUUGCCUAUGUUAGAGAAGACGCAGAGGUAGGCUCAUUAGUGCAUCACGUACUUGCACGAGAUCUAGACCAAGGAAGGAAUGGACAAGUCACAUACCAUCUUCUCUCGAAUAACGAAGACCAUCCAUUUGUAAUAGAUAAAACUGCAGGUAAGGGUAAAAAGGGCUAAGUUAGCCCCAUAGAAGUCGCACUGGGGAUUCUUUCCAUCUCCUUUUUAAAAAUUGAACUCUUGAAAGCAACUUUUUGAUUGAACAUAGAGCAAAAGUGUUGUGGAAACUUGUAAACAUUCACCAGCUUCCACAGAAUUUAACAUACUGUAUUUUUUGCUCCAUGACUCACUUUUUCUCUCCUAAAAAGUAAGGGGAAAUGUGUGUGGGUCUUAUGGAGUGAAUGCAGGCUGCGCAGCUAUCCCAGAAGCCAGAACAGCAAGAGGGAUUGCUGCUUUCACUGCGCAGUGAUCCCUCUUGCUGUUCUGGCUUCCGAGAUUCAGAAUAUUUUUUUUCUUGUUUUCCUCCUCCAAAAACUAGUUGCGUCUUGUGGUCUUAUAGAGCGAAAAAUAUGGUAUAUUAAAGGACUGUAGAAAUGCAUGGUCCAAUUGAGUGUCAGUCUCAGCCCCAGUGACAAAGUGUCAAGGAAAGAAGCAAACAGGCAAGUUAAGCACCUCUGUAAGGGAAAAGGCACAUACUUGUAAUUUAUUUAGCAGCACUUGGCCCACAAUGCAGAAUUGGAAGCAAUGGUUUGAAGCACAUUUGCAAACUAUGCUUUGAGCUCUGAUUUGUGCAAACAAAAAGCAGGUUACAAAUGGAGAAGGUCAGCAGGGAUAUGGGAGCUAUCUAGCGUAUCGCACAGGGUGUGUGAAAAUAAGGCAUAGGUGUUUGUUCCCUUGAGGCCAGCUUUUCCAGCUGACCUGGAGAAGUUGAGGCAGAAAGUCUUAUGUAAUAUCUCUUCUGCUGCAGUGGAGAAUGAAUGGCUCAAGGACGGGGGGUGUCAUUUUGAUGAAAAUGGAAAUGAUCCCUUAAAGGGGACUUUUUCCUUGUGGAUAUAGCAGGCAAAGGCAAAUCUUCUUUAUGGUAAUGUUUUCUCUGUACUUUAGCAACUCAGACCUUGGUUUGGCAUCUGAACUAUAGUUUGCACAAACCAUCGAUUUGACACGAGAGCUGAACUGAGCCAUAGCAAAGCUUUACUGAAACACCAACUGCAUUGGGAGAAAUUUUAUAUCCUUACGACAAUUUUCCCUCUUACAACAGGACUGCUAACUACUGCCUUUGCUUUGGAUCAUGAACACCAAGAAUAUUACAACCUGACUAUUGUGGCCCUUGAUAAUGGUACCCCAGCUCUGUCUGCAACUCAGAGUCUGACAAUAAUUGUUGUCGAUGUGAAUGACGAAGUUCCAGUGUUUACCAGAUCUCUAUAUGAAUCUUUCAUCUGUGAAAAUGAAGAUCCAGGAGCAGUUGUCAUUAAAGUUGAAGCCAUAGAUAAAGAUUCAGGUAGUUUGCUUUCUACAAAAAAAUAAAAUAAAAAUGACAAAUUCACAUUAUUUUGACAUCAACCUUUGAAUCUGAAACAAUGCCAACAAUCUUGUGCUUUGAUAUAUGCGCUCACAAGCUCCUAAGUUGAAGAUUGAUUCCCCCCAUUUAUUGUCUGCCGUGAUCAGCAGUGGUUCUCAAGGAUCUCAGGUUUUUCUUAUCACCUGCUGUCUGAUUCUUUUUUAACUAGUGAUGCAAAUAAUCAAAGAUUGAGCCUUCUGCAUGCAAAAUAUGCUUUCCAUUUUGCUAUAGCCCAUCCUUUAGGGACUGUAGUUGUUAAACUACAGGCCAGGCAUUUGUGGAAAGGAGUAAAUGAAGAAGAGUGGGAUGAUCUGGAGGACGGUUUUGUCUUUUAUCCACCAGUAGCCAAGCUUUAUUGGGACGCGGGUGGUGCUGUGGGUUAAACCACAGAGCCUAGGACUUGCCGAUCAGAAGGUCAGCGGUACGAAUCCCCGUGACGGGGUGAGCUCCCGUUGCUCGGUCCCUGCUCCUGCCAACCUAGCAGUUCAAAAGCACGUCAAAGUGCAAGUAGAUAAAUAGGUACCGCUCCGGUGGGAAGGUAAAUGGCGUUUCCGUGUGCUGUUCUGGUUCGCCAGAAGCGGCUUAGUCAUGCUGGCCACAUGACCUGGAAGCUGUACGCUGGUUCCCUUGGCUAAUAAAGCGAGAUGAGCGCCGCAACCCCAGAGUCAGUCACGACUGGACCUAAUGGUCAGGGGUCCCUUUACCUUUACCUACCCAAGCUUUGGAUGGGUUGAAUGCCUCCAGCAGUUGAGUACUAGUGAGCCACACUAAAUUUCCCAACUGGGUAUUUAGUGUUUUGAGGAGCACUCUUCUUGGCCAUUUAUUUUUUUUCUAUCUCAAAAGCAUUUUUUUUUAAAAGUGACACAUUUAAUAGAAAUUGGAAACAUGCAUUAAUAUCAUUUGGCCAGAGUGGGGCACUGUAAUCCCAGCAUCUGUUUUUUUCUCCAUUAUAGCUGAAAAGAGAUUGUGACCUACAGGAGCAAACCUUUUCUAAACAUAAAAAGUAACAGCACAAACACUUCCUUUGCAUUUUAAUGUUCCCCAAAUACUAACGUUAGAAGUAAAAGGAGAGGUUCAGCUCCUGUGGAAUUUUCCCUAAGCAAAAAUACUUCCAAAAUUCUAGGGUACAGGAUCGGUUGCAUCUGUUAAUGUUCCAUGGAUUUUAGUGAGAUUUAAAUUUACCUAGCUGGGCAUGCAAUGACAGUGACGGCAGAGCAUCCACUGGUCUUGUAAAGAAGCUUGAGUGACAGAGGACUUGAUAGGAAAUUGGCUAUAGGUGUUCAUAAUUCCUGAGUAAAUCAAGCCAAAGAGGAAGGUAUUUGCCUCUCUGCUCCUCUCCUGUCCGGUAAGCUUCAUGUCUAAUAUUACCGUUUCUGCUGAAGAAUGCUUUUGUAAUUUCCCCCACAGAAGCGUGCACCUGAAAACAUUAUAUUGGAAUUAGCGGUCCAUGAAAAUGUUUGUGUGGUGAUGCUAUUACAAGAAUCCAGGAAGGACCUAGGAACUUGCUCUUGGGGUUCCAUGAAAUAGCACUACCCAUGAAGAGUUCCUAAGUCAUGUUUUUCAUAUGUAUGCUUGCAGAGAUAACAGAAAAAUUUGCACCACAACUUUAUACAUAGACUUGGAUCGUAAGUUAUGUACAAGUAAACUUAAAGUGGAACAGCUACCUGUGUGGUUCCAGAUCAUCAUAUUGCAUUGUUUUUAAUGUUGCUGUUAACUACAGCAGUAUAAGCAAGACUACUUAAAAGAUGGAUGCUUGAGUACAAAGAGAUGCAUUUUCUGGUGGUUUCAUCAGGGCAAGAUUUUGGACAGGUCUCCAGGGUCUCACUUAAAAGAAUAGGCAGGUUCCAGACACAGCAUUGCUGACUUACCAGUUUUUGAGUGAGGCAAUUGAAAUUAACUUCCAAAGAGGAACCCCUACCAUACCAAUAAGCUGCAUUGAAUCCAGAAUCUAAAAUGGCCUAAUUGUGCCAUUUUGUACUUUGCAAGAGGUGGGGUUUCUCAGUAUCUCCCUUGGAAAACCUCCUCCAACCCAGUGUAGCAUUCAGCAAGCUGGUCCCCAAACUGAAACUGUCUGUCUGUAUCUGUAAUACAGACAAAUAUUUAACUUUUACCUAGCUGCAAGUCAUAUACAAUAACCUGAGAUGCAUACUUGUUAUCCUCUCUGCAAAAUGUAGGAUUAAAUCCAUUAUACUUAAUAGCACCAGUUAUUUUGCUGUAUAACACGUUAUGAAAAUGGUGCCAUGCUUUCCUCGGGAGAGCACUGAAACCACAAGAAAUAUGGGAACAAUUUAUUCUGAAGCAAUAAAGGAUGCGAAUGGGAAACAGAGUUCCCACUACAGAAGGCAUACAGCUAUAGCAAGAAGCAAACAGCUGCUAAAGUUCAUAAACAACAUUUUCUCCCGCAGCACUGAGGAGAGUGGUAUUGAUUUUGCAUGGUAACGAAGUAUUACAGAACGCCAUAUAAACUGUAGUUGCAGCUACCCCAUUCUUAAGUAAGGUGCACGAAUAACAAUCAAGAAGGCGGGGUUCUCAAGUAGCGAAACACACCUCCUUUAGUUGGCUGGGCAUUUGCUGGAUGAUGACAAGGGCAUUCUAGAUCAGAGUUAUCAGUCUUUUCAUGCUGAGGUCCAUGUGUAGGGUGAAAGACUGAAUCUGUAGUGGAAUUGAGGGGGCAAGAUUAAAUGAGGGGAGAACCACCUUGAGCUCCUUGGAGCAAUCAAUAAGUGUAACCAGUCAAUCAAACAAACACGUUCUAAACGCAGCAUAAGGGGUCUCUAUAGUAUAGUGUAUUUUAAAAUGGGGUUUUAGAGUUUUUAGGGGUUUUUGAAUGUUUUAUGUAGUUUUGUAGUAGUUUUAUGUAGUUUUGUGGUAAUUUUAUGUAGUUUUUCAAUUUCAUUGUUCUGCAUGGGACAAUGACAGUAAAGAUAUCGUAUAUCGUAUAACAAACAAACAAACAAACAAACAAACGGUAUGUUUGGCUUGUGGUUCUUAUUGUAGUUGCCAACACCAUGUGUUCCAUAGCCAAUUUUCAGUUGGUUUCACCACAAAGUAGUUAAAAAUAUCACUUCGUAAUGUGAUAAGAAUAGUGUAUUUAAACUACCCUAUUUUUAGUAUGAGGUUGUUUGUUUUAUUAAGGUUACGUCUGCUGCUUGUGGGCAAUGCAUAAACACAGGGGCUACGUGUCCAUAACGACUUGGAAAACUGUUGUAUACAGAGUUGGUCGCCUAGCCCAAUAUUGGCCGCCUAGCCUAAUAUGGCUUCUCUGAAUGGCUGCAGCUGAAUUUAGGCAGAGAUCAUUCACCUCCUUAUCUACCUGAUGCUUUUUAAAUAGAGGUCCUGGGAAUUCAUGCAAAACAUGUGCUCUAUCUCAGAGCUACAGUUUCCCUCCAUUAAGAGAUAAACGAGACUUGUAUGAAUUCCCUCUUACUUUCUUAAAUUGGUUAGCGCAUACACAUAAAUGUUCUCCUUACUGGGUACUUCUGACUUACUGAGAUUUGUUGAUUACUAGAUCUUGUACACCAGAAACCCUGUGUUGUUUACAGUAUUCUGGUUUGUAUUGCAUAAAACUACAACAUUGGCUCUGCCUGAUUAGGUAGGGGUUUCUUAGAUGGUCACCUGGGGAGCUACAUGGCAAGCACCUUUUAAUAUUUGGAGAAUUAGGAAUGAUGUCUAAUGCAGUAUAACUUGGCAAGAAAAAACUCGCACUAGACUCACACAAGUCCUUGGUGCGAGCCAGCAAGAAUUCUCCAGAUUUUUAUAAAUAGGAUUAUGUUUGUCUUUCAGUUCAUUGCUAAAGCUGUGCUGAGCUUUUUUUGUUUUAUACAAGGGAUUCUAUACAAGUAAUAAUGAAUUCAGUUACCUUUGUACCAAAAUAUUUCCAUAGGAAAAUAGCUAGUAAGCCAGUACCUGGACUAUUAAUACUGAGGUUUGAUACACUUAGAUGAUUUAUUGGUUUUCCUAUUGUAUUUUAAGGAAUCAAUUCUCUACUCCAGUAUGAAAUUUUACCAGGUCCUGGAUAUGAAACUUUUCAAAUAAACCCAGAUACUGGAGAGAUUACAACAGUCACCUCGCUUGACAGGGAGGCUCAAGAUAAAUUCACUAUUAAAGGUAAGAAUCUACUUCAGUUUAAUGGGUGUUGCACAAAAUUUUGCAAGUAAAUCAGUGGUUGUUUUUUUAAAAAAAACUGAGAUUUUAAUAGAAGUUGUUACUUAUUGUCUCUACGCCAGGGCAACAAAAUUUAAUGAAACAAAAGCAGUGCAGUGUGUUCAGAAACAUGAAGUUGUGUUGUGUCUUAGGAGGAACAGCAUGCAAAGUUUGUUGUUCUCACGUUGUUGGCAGGCAGUCUACUGUACCUUGCUUUUGUAUACUAGCUUUCAAAUGUGCUUUUCUAUUUAGUGCUGGUUCAAGACAGUGGAACUCCCAUUUUAUCCAGUACAGCGACAAUAAUCUUCAGAGUACUGGAUGAAAAUGACCACACUCCCAAGUUCAUCCUUCCAGUUUCUGAGAUCCAAAUUAUGGAGAACCAAGAGCCUUCAACAGUAUCGACUGUGUUGGCUGUAGACAAGGACGCUGGUGGUAAUGGGACUGUGCAAUAUCACAUCAUUGGUAGGCUGAAUUGCUUUAUACUCUGAAUAUUAAAAAUGUUGCAGUGUAAUAUUUUCUGAUCUCUUUAGAGGUUUUAAUUUAUUUUAUUAUUUAAAUUGUUUUGCACUUGGUGUUUAUCUUGCAAUGGCAUGGUUAAACAAUAUGGGAAAUAGGCCUGCAACAAGUAGGGGUGGUGUUCUUCUUGUCUGGAUAAGGAAAAAUAACUAUAAGGGUCCCUAGUAGCCAAAGCAUAAACAGUAACAACCCAGAAUAUAAGAAACGAUAGAUAUAGAUAUUACAACACUAAACAUCUUUGCUUCCCAUAGGUAAACUUUUGGUAGAGUAGCAUGUCAAAAUAACUCCUUUUGCUUAACAAUUUUUGUAGGUUCCGUUGUGUAACUGAAGUUGGCAAAAGAGUACUUUGCUCAGGAGCAAUAGAUCUUGCAAGUUUGAUUUGAGGAGGACAGAGGGGAAGAGAAUCCAUUUGGCAGAAUAGUUGCUAUUUAAAUUCAGGUGGUGCUUUGGAUCUACUACCGUGACCUGAUUUAAAUGAAAUGCAGGUAUCAGGAAAGCAUACCUGGGGCCCAUAGUUUCAAAAAUUUUACUAUAAGGUGGAUUGGUGUUGGUUUUUUUAAGUGGUCCUUUAAAGAGAAUGCUCAACCAAAGUGUUCUUUUUCUUUAAUGUUUGCUCCAUUUUAAAGGUGGAAAUGUUAGAGGAUUCUUUGCAUUACACAAAACGUCAGGAGACCUCUUCACCACUUGCAGCUUAGACAGAGAAACUGACGGUAACUUUACCCUGGUUAUUGAGUGUUUCGACUUGGGCAGUCCACCAAAAAGCUCGGUGACCCAACUGCAUAUCAAAGUCCUGGAUGAAAACGACAACAGUCCCUUGUUUGCAAGAAACCAGUAUCAAGUGUCAGUGAGAGAAGAUAUCGGAGAACGGUCAGCAGUUCUUGAACUUUUUGCAGCAGAUGCAGAUGAGGGUCCCAAUGGUGAGGUCACAUACUCUCUCACAGAGGACAUCCUUGGAGCCUUCACCAUUGACAGGAUUACUGGUGUGAUAUUUACUACCAAACCGCUGGACCGGGAAUUAAAAUCUCAGUAUGAAUUUAAGGCUUUGGCAACAGACUCUGGCAUCCUCGGACCAAGAAGCACGAGUGCUACUGUAAUUGUGCAUAUUGAGGAUCUCAAUGACAAUAGUCCCUUUUUCCUACAGAAUCCUGUCAUAGUUCAUGUAUCUUCUCACACACCUAUAAAUCAGACAUUGGCUACUGUGAGAGCGAGCGAUGUUGACCUAGGACUAAAUGGAAUUGUGAAUUUUAGGUUCCUGAAACCACAAACCAUGUUUCAGAUGGGCCCAAGCACGGGAGAAAUUUUUCUUCGACAACCUGUACCUCAUGAAGGCCUCGUUUCACACCUCCUGAUAGUGGCUUCUGAUCAAGGAGUCCCAGCUAGAACAGCGACUGCACUUUUGGCCAUCUAUUCGGAAGCACAGGCAGAGAUUAUUUCGUUCAGCCGUACUGAGUAUGAAACAGCAGUUCCUGAAAAUAGUGAAAUAGGUGGGUAUCUAGUCAUGAUCUUUGCUUUUGUUCUACAGCCAAAACUGUGUCAUUGUGGGGGUUUGUGUAAGGGACAUGAAGAACAUCUUACAGCAAAUGCAGUCAUGAGUUAAUUGUUGAUAAUUGAAUAGGAACUUUAUGUUCUUGAGGACUGAGUCUGAAUGGAAUCAUGCCUGAGUUGUUGCUCAGGUAUAUUAUCUUAUUUUUCUGUUCUCUCUGUGUGUACUGUUCAUUCUAGAUGAAAAAAGGUGUCGCAUCACACACAGACUCCAAUUUUAAGUACUGAACAUGGGGGGAGUUGUGUUCAUACAAACCAGGUUAGAAAUAAAUUAGGCUGCAUAACUGCCUGAGAUCACGCAAUCAUAGUUUAAUGUUACUAUGUACCAGUAAUCAGUAGGUGUACCUAUGAACAAAAAAAGUAGGUGGAUCUUGUAUUAUGUAAAAAUAACCUAGUUGAUAGGAGGUACAGUUUUUAUUGUACCUUUUGCUGUGUAAGUUUUAGCACUUGGGAAAAUUAUUUGCUCAGUGUCUUUCCAUUGACAGCUUGUCUAAGCAGCUUUAAUUGGAGCUAGUAGUGUUGGUCAUCUAGAAAAGUGGUAGUCACUGAAGGCCCUUCUUAUGAUUUCUAGUUUGCAAAUAUAUUUCACUUUCUCUGUUAAAUGCAGUAAUUUUGUUUUGCAUUUCUAUACAUCAGUUGAGCACAAUAUUUGCUUCAUUACCUUACCUGCCUGAAUCAGCAGAUUGUCUGUGAGUUUGUUCAUUUUGAAACAAGGUGCUGUUAACUGGGAUUUCCAACUUCUUGAUUGCAGAUAUCUGUGGUUCUUUAACCUCUGUGCAUGUGUGUGGUGAAAAUGUAUGGUGCUUUCCUAAGCUCAAUGCUAGCAGCAUUCUCUCACAAAUGAUUUUUUUUUUCAUCUUUCAUGGGGUUUUUUAAAAACAAGGCUCUUAGUAAAUAUGCAUGUGAUUAUUAAAAUUCAAUGAGAUAAUCUGUUAUUGAAACGGUCUGUUACAAAUAUGGCUUUGUAAGGGGUGUAGUUUGACAUUAUGGAAAUUCCCUAAGGCGUUGUGGUAAGAGAAUAGAAACAGCCUGCUGCUAAAUAGUAAUAAACAUAAAUAAGAAUAAAUUUGGAUAGUUUUGAUUAAACCACACUGAGGGAAUAUUUAGAGUGGAAAUGUGGGAGUCUGCCUGCUUUAACUUGGGAAUUGGCUCUUGGAGAGAAACAGUUUGCAGGAUAGGAUCUAGAAGUUCUUCUGAAGAGAUUUAGACUUUUUAUUUGCUCUGUUUUGAACUUGGUUUGCCCUCAUUCAUAUGGGCAACCAAAAGGGAGAAAGUCAGCAAUGAAGAAAAUCAUUCUUUAUACCUUUUCCCAUACAUGGCAAACUGUGUUCAUGGGAAUGUGUACUGUUGUGGGGUAGGCAGUAUCAUCCCAGUCCGACAUGCAUUCAUUUAUUUUUACCACCACUCCUUCUAAUGCUGAGCUUGAUCUCAAAUGGGGCCACUGAACAAAAAGAAGGAAGUAGCCAGCAUGCUUGAGGGAAACAAAGAUACUUGCAGAAGAACAGGUUCAGAAACUGAACUGAGAGAGUAAAACAAACAAACAAACAAACAAACAAACAAACAAACAGCCUCAUAAGGGUUGAACUGUUUAGUAGCUAUGGAACACUGAGCAUCUGCUGGAGGAGAGAUGAAAUUGGGCAGUUGAAUGGACAAGAUGCAUAGUCACAGCCUCCUGGUAAUCUUCAAGAUGCCAGCAGCCUAGCUGAAAGAAAAGGCAAGAAGCACAAAGAAGAGAGUCGAAACAGCAAAAGAGGGUGGAGAAAGAGAUGCAUUAGAUAUUUUAAAAGAGCAAAGAGAACUAUCUCAUUAUUUAGAGAAGUAAUUUCUGGGUACACAUAUUUUAAAAUUUCUCCAGGAACAGAAGUGAGGCCUGUCUAUAAGAAAUCAGUGGAGAAAUGCAAGAUUUUAAAUGUAGCUUUGGAAGAUGAUGGAUGAGGCAUAGCUCAAGCGAGAGAGGAAAGACAAAGAUGCAAAAGGAGGGGAAGAAAAAGCAAAAACCAAGAGCAGAGGUGGCGGGGAGGAAGCGUCUCCACCUGCAUCAUCCAGCCCGGACACUGAGGUCCAGCGCCGAGGGCCUUCUGGCAGUUCCCUCGCUGCGAGAAGUGAGGUUACAGGGAACCAGGCAGAGGGCCUUCUCGGUAGUGGAGCCUGUGGAAUGCCCUCCCAGCAGAUGUCAAGGCAAUCAACAACUAUUCUACUUUUAAAAGACAACUGUUUAGGGAAGUUUUUAAUGUCUGAUGCUGUAUUGUUUUUAAUAUUCAGUUGGAAGCUGCCCAGAGUAGCUGGGGAAACCCAGCCAGAUGUGCGGGGUAUAAAUAAUAAUAAAUUAUUAUUAUUAUUAUUAUUAUUAUUAUUAUUAAAAAGGUUGGAUGGGCAGCAGAGGAGAUGGGGGGGGGGGAGAGACUACAGCUUUUCUGAGCAAACCAGAACCUUAGUCAAAAAGGCACACUUUAACCAUGGGAGAAGCCAGAAGAAGACGUACAAGAUGCCAUCCAACCAUCUUAGAGACUCCACUCUGGAUUUGUGUAGGGUUUACUCCUUAGGCUUUUCUUCUCCCAAAUAUAUCCAGCAUGGAAAUUCUCAGGCAGGGCAACAUUAGGAAAAUGGCCUUACCAUCAGCCUGACAAAGACUGGCAUUCUGGGUGAGAGUGUCGCCAGCACUCCAUUCAUCAGCAUUAGUGGCCAGACGCUUGAGACAGUAGGUGAUUUUGUUUACAUGGGCUCCACCAUAACCUGCAACAUCUCCAUUGAUGCUGAGCUAGAAAAGCGCAUCGGCAAGGCAGCUGUGGCAAUGGCUCAGCUCUCUAGAAGGGUAUGGGAAAAUGUGAUGCUAAUGUCCAAUACCAAGAUGAAGGUCUACCAGGCUUGCGUGUUUAGCUCACUGCUUUAUGGAAGUGAGCCGUAGGCAACCUACAGCCAUCAGGCACAGCACCUCAAUGCCUUCCAAAUGUCCUAUGGCAGGAGGAUUUUGGGUAUCACAUGGCAGGGCAGAGUUUCAAACAAAUAUGUGCUUUCCCAAGGCCGUAUUGCCCAGCAUGUUCACACAACUGUCUCAGCAACAUCUAUUCAGGCUUGGUCAUGUCUACAGAAUGGAAGAUGGCAGGAUCCCCAGGCCCAUUGGCAGACCAACUCUGUAUUACAAAGAUGUCUGCAAAUGUGACAACAUCUACCCUGCCAUGUGUGAAUCCCUUGCAGACAACAGCAGUGCCUGCAGACAGACAGUCAGGCCGUGUAGCCAUAGCAGUUACCAAAGGAGGAAUGACUGCUGGGAGGCGUCCAGAGAGAAGAAACGCCGUGGUGCAUCUGCAGUAGCACAACCAGAUGCCUUCAUCUGCCCCAGCUGCAACAAAAUAUGUCUGCAGCCACAGCAGGUCCUGCAACCUUCCAACAGUUGGACCUCACUCCCAACUCCUCCAUUGUCUCCCAAGACAGACGGAUGCCAACAUGUGAUCUUUCACACAACAUAAAAGUCACUUCUGGAAAACUAGAAGAAUCCAGCAGGUUAUUUGCUUCCAGAAAAAAAACAUUGCAACCCCAUUAACCUGGAAAAAUUGGAUGCAUUUUAAUUUCAUGUGAUGACAUUUAAAUUUAGUGUGACGUGGUGAUAUAUUGAUCAAAAAGCCACUGUUUUACAACACAACAGGUGAUGCAGCUUAAAAGGAACAUUUGAAUCUGGGAUAAAAGCACUAGUAUUAUCAGGAAAAUGCAUUAAUCACCACAUUUGAAUGUACCCUAUUUCAUUUUUGUCUGAAAGUUUCUAUUAUGUGAUAGUGCGAGACUCUAAGAAUGUAGUUGCGAUGACUCUGACCAGCAAUCAGAACUCCUGUUCCCAUGAUUAAUUUCGGCUUUUGCAUACCUGUCAGUUCCACCUUUUCACUUCUGUAGAACUUCAAAACAUUCCUGCUUUGUUUGGAACUUCCCAGAAGCAGCUGAGCCCUUGCGAUAACAUCAUGUGUAGUUUCUACGUGGAUAUUGUUGCUUCUGUGGCCAGGUAGGCAGCAAAUAACAAGGCAGUUAACAUUUCCUUUGUUCCUGUUUUUAGAAAUUACAGUGUAAAGUACAAACAUGAGAAUUUUGUACUAGCAUCAAGCCAAACUAUAGAGAUGGUAUGUUCCUGACCCCUGGGUCUGUUUGUAUUUACAGAAUGUUUCCUGUAAUAUAAUAAAAUCUCAUUUGGAAAAGGUCAAUAUACAGUAACCUGAAUCCAUCACAACUGAUUAAAAUCAAUUGCCAUGUUACAGAAUUGGUUUCACAAGUGGCUAAAAUUCCCAUAGCUUUAAUCUUGUUAGAUCUUGAGGAAACCUUAACAACAAAAACCUAUGUUGGUAACUGUUUUCUAAACUUAAUCACAGUUAGAUGUGAUGUGUUUGGUUAGGAUAAUGCCUCGUGUUUUGUUUGUUCUUCCUACUUUUGCUACAAACAGAAUGGUUGUUUAUUUCAUGCCUUUUGCUAUGAUAGAUCAGUUCUCUUCUGGAUUUGGGAUCUCAAUGAACAACGGUAUACUCUCUUUGAUGUUAAUAACAAACUGUGCAAAUCUUUGUGAAACAUCUUGAGGCUAAUUCUUGCAACACUAAAAACGUGUAACCCACUGAAAUGUUUGACUUUUUUCUUUGACCAGCUUGAACACCCCUUUCACCCAAAACAUAUCACAAAAUGACUUUGAAAUACCUCAUUUUCAAAAGGCAUUUGCCAUGUGGUAUAUGGUGGUGGGGGUCUUCUGUUUGGGAGAAACUUAAGUAAAUGUGUUUAGUUUGGUUCUUUGAAACAUGACUAUAUUUUGGUUUUUUUAAUUGUUUGUUUAUUUGGGUUUUUCCUUUCUUUUCCUCAGUAGUGCUGUGAGAAACAUUUUCUUUCUUUUAAGAAAGAAAGCAUAGGGCUGCUUAAGAAAUCAGGGGCCGCAAGCUUCCUUCAAAAGGACCAGUUGGUCUUAUUAGCGUUGUAAACAGACGUUAUGCGAGGUACUUGUUGCACAAAUUAGGUGACAGUGAGUAACUUUUUGAAAUGAAGAACAAGCUGGAUUUGAAGCAAACACCAGAAAACAAGCAAGAUCAGGUUGUUUAGAACAUCAUACAAAUUUUGCUCUAUAUUUUUUAUUCUAAAUGACCUGGUCUUGCUUGUGGAUCAUCACUGGUACAUUGUGAAACUGCCAUUCUUUCAUAUUGAUUUUGGAACAUUCCCUCUACUCUACUGGUACAUUCGCAUGCAUUGAUUAAACAUGGUACAAAAUGGAAAUCUUUGUCUGAUCAUUAUCUUGUGCCCCCGUGUGUUCCUCUAUCCCUACAAUCAUGUGUUUCAACAUGCUGUCUUUCAUCACAGGAUGCUUGUACAUACUCACAAAGAGAAGGGAGGCAAGGAUAAAUGAAAGGAAAUAAAUCUGCAACAAACUGGGGAUGUGAAUUAAUUUUAGCACCUCCCUAUUUUAAAUUGGAAAGAAGGAAGAUAAGCAGAAUACAGGGCCAGAUGAACUCACAGAUCAACAGAGGAAUAGAUCCAAGGAAAUACACCCAUUCCUGCUGCUUAUGUACUGUAAUUUGGAAAAAUAUAUAUGAUAUUAUGACAUCCUUGUCCAAAUUUCUGUCUAAAGUUUUGGCUGCUGCACCUCAAAAAGGGUAUUGUAGAACUGGGAAAGGUUCAGGAAUGAGCAGCCAAAAUGAUAAAGGGGGCUAGAGCAUCUCAUGUAUAUGACAAAAGGUUACAAAGUUUGAGGUUUGUGGAAAAGGUAAGGGGGAACAUGAUAGUGCAUUAUAAAAUUGUGCAUAGUGUAGAGAAAGUAGAUAAAGAGGACUCCCCCCCCCAUCUUUUUCUCAUGAUAAAAGAACCAGUGGUCUUCCAAUGAAACUUAACAUUGGGAGACCCAGGACAGACAAAGUGAAGACCUGAUUCAUGCAGCGCACAGUUAAACUAUGGGAUGUUGGGAUAGCCACCAACGUGGGUGUCUUUAAAGGGGGGUUAGACAAAUUCAUGACUUUUAAUGGCUGCUAGUCGUGGUGUCGCACGUGGGUGGCGCUGUGGGUUAAACCAAAGAGCCUAGGACUUGCCGAUCAGAAGGUCGGCGGUUCAGAUCCUCAUGACAGGGUGAGCUCCCGUUGCUCGGUCCCUGCUCCUGCCAACCUAGCAGUUUGAAAGCACGUCAAAGUGCAAGUAGAUAAAUAGGUACCGCUCCAGCGGGAAGGUAAACGGCGUUUCCGUGCGCUGCUCUGGUUCGCCAGAAGCGGCUUAGUCAUGCUGGCCACAUGACCCGGAAGCUGUACGCCGGCUCCCUCUGCCAGUAAAGUGAGAUGAGCGCCGCAACCCCAGAGUCGGUCACGACUGGACCUAAUGGUCAGGGGUCCCUUUACCUUUUAGUCAUGGUGUCUAUAUUGUAUGCAGUAUCAGAUGCCAUAUGUCUCUGAAUACCACUUCAUGAAGAUCAUGAGUAGGAGCAUGCUGUUGUGCUAAUGUCCUGCUUGUGGCCACUUGACUGACCACUGUGAGAAGAGAGUGCUGAAUGAGAUAGGCCUCUGGCUCUCAUUAAGUUCUUAAGCAUAACUGUGUCCUGUUCUUAGAAUAAAUGAGUUCCACACCCCUUUGCAAUAUUUGAUGCUCUCCAAUGUCUUCUGCAGUUUUUAGACCACUUUCUUACACUGUCAAAAUGUGGAUGGGUAAUGUUCAUGAAUUAGUGUGAUGAAUAGGUUUGACCGGUUGGUGAGGCUGACAAGAGCUGUGCAAGAGAACAGAAUAAUACCUGUCAUUAUUAUCUGACUAUAUAAACAAUGUGCAAAAAUUCUCCAGAUAGGAGACGGAUGGCUAAACUUUCAUAGUUCGACCUCACAUGGAAUAAAUUAAUAACUGGUUAAGAUAAAAUCUUUCCAAGUUUUAGUCACUGCAACAUAUUCUUGUUUUUCUAGGCACCUCUGUUUUCACUGUGGCUGCAUAUGACCGUAGUCUGAUGGGAAAGAAUUUAAAACACACAAUCAUCGGUGAACAUGGAGAUAUUUUCUACAUCCAUCCCAUCAUGGGUAAAUCAGCCUAUCUAUCUGCAUCUGUUCUAAAACCAUUUGAGGCUUUUGUAAAAUAUUUUCCACACUUGAAUUAUGAUUGCUUUUGUAUAAACAUUAUCUCAGUGGUUAGUGUUAGUUUAUUUAAGUGCCAGUGGAAGCUGGCUUUUGGCCUUUAAAUUUAACAAAGAUGUGUUUGCUAAAAUCAAACUUUCUUAGGAUUGCUUUUCUACAAAACAAAUUCAGGGCCUGAUUCAUUCUUCCAUGGUAAUAUUAGCAGCGGAACUGAGAUCUGAAACAUUAUUUACUUGCCCUAGGUGAGAAAAUGAUCAGAAUAGAUUUUCACAAAGUUAUCCUCUGAAACAAGGUUUGUUUUUGCUAAUAGUAACACACUUUGUUGUUUAGUCGUUUAGUCAUGUCCGACUCUUCGUGACCCCAUGGACCAGAGCACGCCAGGCACCCCUGUCCUCCACUGCCUCUCGCAGCUUGGUCAAACUCAUGCUGGUAGCCUCGAGAACACCAUCCAACCAUCUGUCGUCCCCUUCUCCUUGUGCCCUCCAUCUUUCCCAAUAUCAGGGUCUUUUCCAGGGAGUCUUCUCUUCUCAUGAGGUGGCCAAAGUAUUGGAGCCUCAGCUUCAGGAUCUGUCCUUCCAGUGAGCACUCAGGGCUGAUUUCCUUCAGAAUGGAUAGGUUUGAUCUUCUUGCAGUCCAUGGGAUUCUCAAAAGUCUCUUCCAGCACCAUAAUUCAAAAGCAUCAAUUCUUCGGCAAUCAACCUUCUUUAUGGUCCAGCUCUCACUUCCAUACAUCACUACUGGGAAAACCAUAGCUUUAACUAUAUGGAGUAACAGCCAAUUGUUAGCCUUCAGGUGUCAUCCUUUCUAUCACCUAGGCAAGGGGUAGGAAACCUCAGGCCCAGGGCAAAUGCAGCCCUCCAGGCAUCCUCUGUCUGACCCUCAGGAUCCUCACUAGGUUAUGUUCCCUCCCCAAGCUACAUCCCCUACUGGUCCUGCCUGCUCUGCAACUCCUCAAAUGUUUUUGCCUGACUAAAAUAUGGCCUUGAUCUGUGAUAAUACCAGCUGUUUUCCUGGGUGGAGGUUGCAGUUUAGGUUCGCUAUGUUUCUCAUUAAAAUAAUCAGUAAGUAAAUUCAUCGAACAUCAAUUGUGAUCAGGCAAAGUGAUUGCAAACUUCCCAUCAAUUUUAAUUAGCCAGCUUUAAUGUGACAUAUUUCAUAUUUAACUUCAACAGUGUUUCAAAUAUGGAUGUGAAAAGGGCUGUAAACAUUUUUGUAUAUUUGUGGAAAAUCCAUUGAAACAUAAAAGUAUGUAUUUUUAAAAGAUUUUUACAUAAACCAUCCACUGGCUAGAUUUUAUGAGUAAAGCCGCUGUAUGCUAAAUGAAUACCAUCUGAUAGCUGAAAAGAACUUCCUUCUGGCUGUGGAAAGAGAUCUACUGCUUAGUUAAACCUCAAGUAUGUUUUUAAUAAUCAAUUAUUUUAUUAACAUGACUGUCUCAUUUAAUCUCAAUCAAGUACGCAUUUGGGAACGUUUACAUAAGAUGUUUUCAACAACUGGAUUGUUAAUAGAGGAGAGUCAAGCUAUAUGUCUGUCUCUGUGUGUGUACACAUAUGUUUACUUGUGCUGGCAGAAUAAUCAUAGCCAACCCAAGAUCCAUUUCCAUUGGGAUGAUUCUGAGGCAUGAUUAGAGAGAUGGGAGCUUAUAGGUGCUCAGUGCCACUAUUUACACGCAUAUACAGCCUCAUCCUGUGCUUUGCUGUGCAGUAAAGCCUUGAUUAUCAUGUGGCACCAGGGUACCAGCAUGUGUACUAUAGGAACAUAACUGAAUUCUUCUUGACCAGGAUACUGCUGUGCCUGCAGUCCAGCACAGGGAAACCCCUGUUGGAGAUUCAUUCCCCGUGUCUGCAGUCAUAGGAUUGUUGUCUACCACAUGUCGGCAUAUGUUUUCAUUCCACAGUGUGGGAAGUGACAGAGACAGGAUGUUUGUGUUACUGUGUUCCGUGAAGUGGGACUAUUGUCCUUUGUUCUCUCUCUGAAGUCUGAUGAGAAGGAGUGAAGUCAGAAUGCUCCAAGUGUAUUAUAUGUAAAUAAACGUAGAUUAGCCAAAAUGCUGUGCUAUUGGUUCUGUUACGCAAACUGCGAAUACUCUGUGGAUCCGUACGUGUGCAGCAGUCGCUGUGAUCUGUGGUCAACAGAUACAAAUGUAAAUAAAACAGAUGCUGUGUAAGUUCCAACAGUGCAGUUUUUGAUACUUUUAUGAAAAGAUAAAAAAAUUAAUGUGGUUGAAUCUAGACUUCACCUACUGCAGACAGAAAGAGUCCUUCCAUCCAUGGGAGGCAUUUCAUCCAGUGGAGGGAGUCCCACUAGUUGGAGGAGGGAAGUAACUUUUGCCAAUUCUCCCAUUCCCUCUGCAGCUCCCAGUGUCAUUUAGCCAAGAACGAGAGAGGACUUUGGAAAAGUUGUUUCCCACCUCCCCUACCCAUACAAGCACCAGGAACAUAGCUGUGUUCAGGGGGUUCUGAUAGAAGGGAACUGUAGACCCAACCAUUGAUACAAAAAAGAACAAAGUGUUAAGACUCCUCAUUGUUUUCACUGUGACAGACAAAGAGGGAGAUGUAAAAAUACUUGUUAUGAUGCACAGUUCCCUAUCAGUUCUGUUCCUUCUCUCACCUGUAGUCUGAUGUGGCACAGCCCAUAGUUUUAUAACCAUGGUGAGAAGUAGGCCUAAAAGCCAGGUCACGUACAAAAUUCAUGCUGCAGAUGUUGGCUAGGGGAAACAUAUAUCAGUAGCUGCAGAGUAUGAUACCUAGGUCCAAGGUUAUGGUCUAAAGCAACCUUUCUCAACCUGUGGGUCCCCAGAUGUUGAACUACAACUCCCAUCACCCCUAGCUAGCAAGGUCAGAGCUCAGGGAUGAUGGGAGUUGUAGUCCAACAACAUCUGAGGACCCACAGGUUGAGAACCGCUGGAAGCAUGACAGGUUUUGCAGAAGCUUAGCAGGACUGGGUUUGGUCCAUUUCCCAGAUGGGAGUCCUUUGUAUACCACCUUGAAUAUCAUGCUGGAAUAAAUGCAGUACAUAAAUAAGGAGUUUUCUUUUUCUUCAAAUACCCAUUGUGCAACCUUGAUGCAAGGGUAAUAUAGAAAGGAAUGUGCAAAUGAUAAAAUAAGACAUCAGAAAAACUGGCAGUGGGUCAUUAAUUAGGCCUUUGAAACGCAGCCUCCUUCACAGAGAGAGCUCUAAACUGUACCCAUUGCAUUGGUAGUGGCAUAGACAAAUAUUUGUGGCAGAAGGGUAGGAUUGUCCUGCCUUGUAAAUGUUGGCUUCUGGGGUAGUAAGAAUUCACCAAGAUAAGUGUGUGCCACCAGUCCUCAUCUGGACCUCUUCCAUUAGCCUUUCUUUGGCUGCUGUGGAUCCUGAACUGGACUAAUAAAAAGCAGAUGCAGUCCCACUUUAAUGUAGAUUGCUUGGUUAGAUUACUUUUAUUAAGAUUCUCUAAAAAAUAAAAAAUGCUUUUUGCCAAAUUGCCAUUAUGGUUUUCAUUUUUUUCUGCACUUUUUAGAGAGUGAUUGAAGUGAAGGAAGAAACUCUAGAUCUACAAUUUAAAGUGGUUAAAAUAGAUAACCAGGCAUACAGUUGUCUUCUCUUUCAUUUACAAAUUUAUUUACCUUGUUUACUUAAUUUUUUUAUGUAGACUGCACUGCCGUUUUAACUAUGUAUGUAUAUUCCUGAAUAUAUAACAGUCAUCUUUUUGUUUUCAUCAAACAAAACAGGUGACAUCACAGUGAAACGAGCUGAAUUUCUUGACUAUGAAGUGAGGAAAAAAGUGCAUUUUGCAGUCUUAGCUGGAAAUGGCUUCACUUCAGCGGUGUGUGGGGUGACAGUAUUUAUACAGGAUGUGAAUGAUAAUGCACCUCGAUUUGAGCAAAACUAUUUCAAAACAUCAGUGUGGGAAGGUCAAGACUACAACACAUACAUCAUGCAGGUAAGCUCAAACGUGUUUAAACUAUAUUUGUCUGAAGUUUCCCUUCUUAAUGAAUACUGCAUUUUUUUGUCCACUUUUAUCAUCAUUACAAACCAGUCAUCACAAACCAGUUAAUUUAUCUAACCAAACUCUCCAGAUUGACAGGACCAUUUGAAAUACCUAUUUUGGGUUACUCCUCUCAAUUUUUUAAUGCAUCCUUUCUCACAAGGGUCCCUGGUGGCUGAACAUUCUGUCUCUUUUUGGGCAGGAGGAGAGAGAGGGGGCACUCGUCUUGAUGGGACAAAAAGAGGAAAUGUAGAUCUUGUAAAGAAAAUGAAUGUAAAUUUCAGUUCUGAAGUAUGCAGCACUGAUCUGCAACAAGGAGCAAUAAAAACAACUGUGGUCGCUACAAAAUCAAGAAAGCCAUAUGAUGAACAUAUAUGAGAAAACAUGGGUCUUACUUGAAUUCAAAACUGGAACCAGCAUUUAGGAAGCCAUGGGACUGCAUGCACACACUCACUACCAACACUUGUAAUUUCCCCUGCUGUUCUAAGUUUUCAGAUCCUUCUCCGUAUGCAAGGCAAGCUACUGCAUGUGACAUUGCAGCAGCCUUAAGCAUGAGGGGACAUUGACCCAUGUAUGGAUUAUGCCACACUGAGAAUAAGUUUCAUUGGCUCUAAGGAUUGGCUGUAAGGGCUGUGUUGGAUACCUUCUGAACUCUACAUGCACCUAUUGUCACAUACAUGGGAAAAUAAUACAUUCGGCCAAUACAAGCAAAGUUGCAACACAAACAAACUGCAGGAAGCGCCACAUGUGCAUCCGAGAUUCCUUUCUACUCCAGCAUGUAGAGCUAGGUGCUUUAGCAUAAGGAUGGGUUUUCUCUCCAUACAGAUCUACGCAACAGACGAUGACGCUGGACUUAACAGAGAAAUUGAAUAUUCCAUUUUAUCUGGCAACACAAAUGAAGCAUUUCUUAUUGAUUCAGCACAAGGAAUUAUAUCAACAAAUGCAAUCCUAGACCGUGAAGACAUUCCAUCAUAUAGGUUUGUUUAUAACAAAUACAAGAUCUAUAGCUGGUGUGAGUUUUGUUUGUGUGGGGUAGGGUGGGGAAGAAGGAGUUGUUGGGUCAAGUUAGCCAUAGCAAUUCGUAUGCUGUCAGUGGGUUCUUGUUGUUGUAUUGUUGGUCUGUUUAUGUAAUGAAGAGGAAGCACCCGGGGUAAAGGUAUCCUCUUUUAAUUUGUCCUCCUUUAAUUUAGUUUCAGUUUGUUGGUUAGCUUUUCUAGUAAGUCUGUGUCCCAUACAGUUCGGUACCAGUGGUCCAUGUUCACUCCUGACAAGUCCCUCCAGUGUCUAGCUAUGAUACUCCUAACUACUGAGAAUAGGGGGUUAUAAGCUCUUUGUAGUGUGAGUGUGCAUUAUUGUCUUGGAAAUUAUUCAAUAGGGCUAUGAACUUUGCUUUUUCAAAGUUUAAAUGAUCUCCUCUUUGACCUACACAAUAAACUUGGGUGGAAAUGUUAAAUGUUAAGAGCUUCAGAGGGAACUGCUGACAGAAGCUUAAAUUUGAAUGUCUUGAAUAUAACGUUGGUUUUUUUUUUUUAUGAAAGUUGGUGUGUGUGGAUGUGUGUGUGUGUGUGUGCUUGCACACUGAAACUUAAGAAACCGAUUAUUUUAGUAAAUAUCUCCAUGUGUACCUUCUUGAUAUAUGUUCUAGACAAAAUAUGAAAUUAUGCAUGUUUACAAACUUUGAAUGCAAGUCUGUAAUUCAAGUAAUGUGUUCUGACAAUUUUGAAGCCGCAAAAACUCAAGAGCAGAACUGGUGUGGUAGAUGAAUGGCAUUAGACUCCACAUAUCAAAUUGCAGCUUUUUGUGUUCAGCGCCGUCAUGUGAAUAAUGGGAAACAAUGCUGUUUGUCACUUUUGAAAGGAAGUUAUUGUGUCAGAGAUGAAAGAGAAGAUGAAUUCUGCAUAUUUAUUUAACAAAUGUAUAUUCCGCCCUUUCCCAAGCUUUGAAGUGGAUUAUAAUGACAUUCACUACAAAAUACAUACUUCCAAAGGGAGAUAGAGAAAAAUAGGUUUACCAAUUUAAACCUAUUUAGAAUAUGUAAAACACAUGACAUCCGUGAAGCGUUAAUGCCAGCCCUGAGUCCUGCUCCUUUUGUUCUAGUUCCCGUUUAACCCUCUGUCGUUCUUGAACUGAAUCCCUUCCUCACAUGUUAAAAAAGAAGUGUCAUGUAAAUGAUAAAAAAUUAAAGUUACAAGGUUUCUCCCCUACCCCACCCCAUUUUCAGAAGGAUAAUUUUGGAAAUAGUUUAUCAUUUUUGGUGUAACUUUUAAUUAGAUAAAAAGUCAUGGUUUACAAAUACGGAACAUGUUUUUUACUCUCUCUUUUUAACAGGUUAGUUGUGCAAGCUACUGACAGAGGAACCCCCAGACUAUCUGCUACAAGCACAAUAGAGAUACAAGUUGUGGAUAUCAAUGACAAUGCUCCAACUCUCCAGCCGUUCGGCAUCGUUGAACUGCCUGAAAGUAAGAAUGGCAAACACCAAGUAAAGAGAUUGUGCUGGUUUGGACCUAAUCCUGCUAAACCAUAGUUUACUGCAGCUUUCCCCAACCCAGCACCCUUCAGUUGUUUGGACUACAGGCAGCUAGGAUGGUCAGGAAUAAUUGGAGUCAUACUCCAAAACAUCUGUAGGGCACCUAGUUAGAAAAUGCUAGCUCAUGCUUACAUGAAUAAACCACAGGGAGCUUUGUGCUCACACAUUUUCCCCUCCCCUCCCUCUCAUUCAAGGGCUUUCUCUUAUGUUUUAAACUAACCACAGCAUGUCACGUAAUUAAUUUUAGCUAUGGUUUAUUGAAAGUCAACUUCAUGCCAUAGUUUUAACAAACCAUAGUUACAAUUAACCACAGUUUAAGGCUCAGAAGUAUCACAAGAUGUGGUCAGCCAAAAUUAGAAUCAGAAUUUGAACUUGCAGCCAUGCCAUAGAAUGAGACGGGAGGGAGGAGCAUUUGAUCCUGGGGCACGCUGCAGUUUGUCAUGUCAAGCCAUGGUUUAGAGUUCUGUGCAAAUGGGGCCACUGUCUUUUUAUGCCUUUGUAAUAAAUAGGGGAAAAUUUCUCAGAUGGGAAUUUUUUUUUUAUGAGUAGCACAUAUUCUGUGGCAUAUUUCUGCUGGCUGGGAAGCUUAUAUUUGUGAGCAACUUAAAAACAGCAUAUAAAAGAAUGUGGUCUGGUGCAUUAAAUCUCAAAACAUUGGUAAAAGACCCUGCUGCGAGGUUCAGAUGUCAAAUUCCUAAGAUUUAUUUUCAAUUUCUAUUUCCCUUUUGGAGAAAGAAACACAGUUCUUAAGCCAGAGUUCCCAACAGUUAACUUUUCAAUUCUAUUGUUAUUGACUAAAGUAGCACUUGUGUUAUGAAAGUUAAGUAACUUCACAGUGAAUCAACUGAAGCUGUUGGCUUGUGUUGGAAUGUUCAGCAAUUUUGUUCCAGUGCUUCGUCCUUCUUCUGAUGUUACAUUUUGUGGCACAGUAGCUAUUCCAAGGGCCUCUUUUUUCUACCACAUGUUUGAGGUCACAUGGAAUGGCUCUUCCUUAUGGCUCCCCAUGCCAGCAUCUCCACUUUGGGGAACUGAGAGAAGGACAGUUUCCAUGUGACUUGGAACUGCUGCCUAUAAAGAGCAGCACAAGAAGGAGUUAUGACACAUCAGCCAUUAAAAAUAAAGUCCAUUUUGAGAUUUCUUCCUAUGUUUUGAUUUUUCACUCACAGCGGUGAUGCAUGUCACUCCCAGAAGUGGAAAACAUUUAUGCAUUUGCCACCCACCAGCCAGACAUGGGGUUGCCAAUAAUCCAGAAAUAGCUUGGCUUAUCCGUAUCUGGUUUAUGUAGCUAUUCCUCCAGAAUUAUAGUUUCACUCAGGCGAAUUGACCUUGAAGAACACACCUGGAUGAAAAUUGUCAAUCGACUGGGAGAUGAACUUUAGACCUUAAAAUCUGCAAUUUGCAUGCCAGAUAUUCAUUACUGUACUCAGGCGUCAAACAAGGACCAGUUUUGAAACAUCUGGACAAAAUUAUAUUCUUCCAAAAUAACUCCUGACAUAAGAAGAGAGUAGUUCCAUCCAGUAAGCUAUUAACUUCCUCUUCUUCUUUUUUUGGCUUUUCAUUCCUACUAGUUCCCCUUUCCUCCUUUUAAUAGUGGUCUCAUAUGAACACCAAACAUACAUGGGUGUAUUUGUGUUGCCAGUAUAUUGUUAAAGGUCUGGCUUUUCAUUUCCUGUGACCAAGAUUGCAAAGGGUAAGAGAUGUGUGCCCUGCCAUGGAAUAGCUUUGAUACAGCUAAAUACAAAAACGCUGGGAAGAGCUAGCAGUUCACAACAUAAACAUUUAGGUAAUAAGCCACCUUUUUAACUGCUAUUUUAUGAAGUGAGGGAAGAUUAUGCCAUUUAUUUCUUGAGCAAGUGUUUUUUCUUAUUUGCAGUGUGGGGAUGGGAUUCUUGCAAAACUUUGCUAGAGGAUUUAACAGCAUAUACACAGUUUAGUACUGUCAUCCACAUUAUAUUUAACCUUACCCUUAAAAUAUUCCUAAGAUUUCUGGCAACUAUGCAUGUGUGUUUUUGUACACAUAAAGUUUGUUGAUGAAAAUUUCUGGAGGGCUUGCAAGAACAACAGUGAUAAAUAAGUCUUACUCUUAAAUAUGAUGGUUGUAGAUGCUCCACUUGGCUCCCUGGUGAUGCAAGUAUUGGCAGAUGAUGCGGACCUAGGACCACCCCUUCACUACAGUUUUGCUGAGAAUGGAAAUCCUGGAACGAAAUUUGCAAUUGACCAAUGCCAUGGAACAAUCACAUUGGUGAAAGCAUUAGAUUUUGAAGAAAUCACUCAGCUUGAACUGUUGGUCAGAGUUUCGGAUUCUGUGCACGCAACUACAGAACAACUUCUGAUAUUUAUAUCUGAUAUUAAUGAUAACCCACCAGUAUUUACUCAGGAUGCAUAUCAGGUAAGAAAAGAAACUUUACAGUAAGUAAUUUAAAGCUUUUGUUGUGAAGACAUCUCUUCAUGUGACCUUAAGAUGCUGUGGACUUUCCCCACCCCCUUUCAGGUGAUGAUACCAGAACGUAGGCCUGUAGCUACUGCUCCUUUGACUGUCUAUGCCACAGACAGAGAUUCAGAGUACAAUGGAAAGCUAACCUACAGAAUUCUUCCCCCCUCUGAUGAAUUUUCUGUUGAUCCACAAAAUGGUGAGUUCAUUGUAUAUUUAAUAAUUUGCAGUGUGGAACAUACAAUAUGAAGUGCUUUGUCUGGGAUGCCUAUUGAAGCUUCUUGUUAUCCACACAUCAAACACAGCCAAAAUUGUCAUCCAUAUCUGCAAUACAAUUGCAUUGACAGCACUGAGAGAGCGGGUGAUGGGAAGAUUUAAGUGAUGAACAGAGGGCAUGUAAUGAGCACCUAGCAGUCUGUUUAUUUACCUGUUUGUUGAACAUGCCAUGCUAUUACUUACUUCAAGAGUUCAAACGAAAAAAACAUUAAAUUACAGCAUACCUUUAGGCAUUCAAGUAGAAGCAGGAUUUUCCAGAAAUAUAAAGAAUAAAGAGAUCUGCCACAUUUAAUAAUUUUGCAAAAGAAUUUACACACACUUUUGGGGAAGCCCACUAGAGGAGUGUUGCCCAAACUCUGGUCCCUGGCACGUCUGUGGAUUUGUAAUUAAAGAUGGCAGACAGCACAUCCAUUGCGUUAAAUAUUCAUAUUGAUUUUGAAAUGUAGUUUUAUUGUUUCUCUUAUUUCUUAUAUUGUAUUUUAUUGUAUUACAACUUGAAUUUCUAUGAAAUUCAAAUUGUAAUACAAUAAAAAAGUAUAAGAAAUAAAAGAAACAAUAAAAGUACAGUUCAGAUUCAUACAGUACUUAGCACAGUGGAUUACAAUUGCUACAGUGAGCAGGAAAAGCAUUAAAUGGCCUGCCAAGACCCUCAGUAAUUUUGAAGAGAUCCACGGGGAAGAAAGUUUGGGAACAACUACGCUAUAGCCUAGGUAUGCUCCAACUGGAAAAGAAAAUGUUCAGCCUUGCAGAAUUAGGUGACAUGUUGCUAUUGUUUUAAACUCUUGUGGUUUACUCCCAGUUGGGUAUAGGAUUGUUGCCUUAAAAUCAUUUCAAAUGACGACUGUUUCUUUUAGGAAAUGCUGGAGGGGGGAUUUUAACUGAACCAUUAUGCUUCUAUUACUGAAAGUUCGUUUUGAAAUGUGUUUUUCUAAAACUUUAUUUUAGGCUCACUAUAUCUGGUUAAGACAGUGACAUACCAGGAAAAGAAUCCAGUUAUUCGACUCCAUGUAGAAGCCAGUGACAGUGGGAAUCCUCCUUUGACUGCUGUUGCUUCAGUGCUCAUACAGAUCCAGGAUGUGAAUAAUUACAUCCCUCAAUUUACUGUACCAUCGUAUAAUCUCAGUAUCAGUGAAAAUGUCUCUAUUGGAGAGAUGCUGCUAACAUUCUCAGCUAUUGACAAUGACAGGACACAUGACAGCACCUAUGUUGAAUAUGCCAUUAUUGGUGGUAAUGGUAGUAAUAAGUUCCAGGUGGAAAAAUGCAUCGUUGGGCCAGAGUCUCCAAGUAAAAUGGCCGGAAACCUUGUGUUGAGAAGCAUUCUAGAUCGCGAGAGCAGUUCAUCUUACCAGUUAUUAAUUCUUGUAUCUGACCGUGGGACUCCUCCUUUAAACGCCACAGCUACAGUGUCAAUCACUGUUUUGGAUAUUAAUGAUAACCCACCUAUAUUUACCAGUUUGGAGUAUAAAGUUCAUGUCAGGGAAAAUUUCCCUGUAGGCAGUCAUGUUACUGCUGUCUCAGCUAGUGAUUGUGAUGCUGGACCUAAUGGAGAUGUCACGUACAGUAUCACCUCUGGAAAUGACAAGGGGCACUUUCGUUUAGAUGGGAAAACCGGCUCCCUUGACCUGGUCAGAGCUUUGGAUUAUGAAGAAACAAUGAAUUUCAGUCUCACCAUUCAAGCUUCUGAUGGAGGAGCUGGCAUACAAAAUGUGGCCUUCGCUGUAGUUUUUAUCAGCGUCCUUGAUGCUAACGAUUACGUCCCAAUAUUUGUAUUUCCCACCCAGGACUGCAGAAUCCAUGAAAAUCUGCCUGCUUUUUCUUUUGUCUGCAGAAUUUCUGCACUGGAUUUUGAUACCGGCCCCUACAGUCACCUUUCGUAUUCCAUCCAGUCAUCAUGUUUGUCUCGUCAUGGAACUCCUGGAGAUCAUGACAUGUUUUUCAUAGAUCCUCUGACAGGAGAGAUCCGUACCAAGCAGGCGCUUGAUUUUGAAGACCAGGACAAGUAUUGCUUCAUAGCUCAGGCCAAAGACAGAAGCGACUCAACAGCCACUAUCACCGUUCAAGUGGAGGUCGAGGGGGCAGAUGAAUUUGACCCUGUCUUUAACCAAGACCAAUAUUUUUUUGAUUUCCCUGAAAGGAAUGAAGCAGGGCAGUUGAUUGGCAAAGUCACAGCAUCAGAUUAUGACGGAGGAUUGGAUGGUGUUGUUCACUACACUUUGCUAAAACAGUCACCCUUCUUUUUUGUGAACCACAGCAGUGGUGCCCUCUACUUGACCAGACCUUUCCACAGGAAGAGAAUCGGCAUGAAGAGAGCAGGGGAUACUCUUGAACUGCUUGUAAAAGCUCAUAGCCCAAAGCUAGACUCGAAGUCUAGCACGUGCACAAUUCUGGUGAAUGUUUCUAAAGCUCCAGAGACUUAUUCCAUGUUGCCGGUGGAAACGGUGUCUAUUAGCAUCGCCGCUUCUACUGUAGCAUUCCUGUUUCUGGCCAUCAGUCUUGCUGUGCUUAUUGUUAGAUUCAGGCGAAAAGACACUGCAAACUCCAGCAUGAAGAAAGAGAUGCCAUGUCCCUCAUCUGCUGAUUUGAAAUUAGACCAUGAGAAUAGUGCUCCUAAAGAUGUCCGGAAAUCCCAAAUCCAUGCAACCGGUAACCUUCCAGUAGGCACCAUAGCGGAGUGGCUAAGUUUGGUAGGCAUCAGAGAGAGAAGGGACAUGGGUAACCAUUGUAGGCAUUCAGACUCCAGCGGCCAUGGCUCUGCAGAAGGAGAAACUGCAGAAGAUGAGGAAAUAAAGAGGAUCAAUGAGCAUCCCUGCAGGAAGGGUUCCGGAUCAGCUUUAAGUGACCGAGGCUCACGUAUACCUGACUCAGGAAUUCCUCGAGACUCUGACCAGCUUUCAUGUCAGUCCGAGGAGACUGAUGUCGUGGCCAUUUCUCAAAGCAUAGAGGCUGCCCACCCUUUCCAAGAUGGAAGUGGAGGAGAGGGAAGAGACUGUGAUGCAAAGUAUGCUUGCAAUAAAAUGCUGUCCGAAACACUUCACAACCUGGGGAUGAAGGAAAAAGACAUCAUGACAGACAUCACCAGAGAAUAUAUCUUCAUACCUGAUGAUCAGAACUCCCAUUAUGGAUCUCUUGCUACCCUAGUUGACUCUGAUGAGGAUCUCAGAGGCAGCUAUAACUGGGAUUACUUGCUUAAUUGGGAACCCAGAUUUAAGCCUCUCGCAUCUGUGUUCAGUGAUAUUGCAGAACUGGAGGAUGAAAGCUUAAAAAUGCAUAGCUUUCCUAAGGAGAAGAAAUCUUUCAUCUUUCCUCCUCCUCUAAUUACUUCUGUAGCUCAGCCUGGUUUAAAGACAGUCCCCCCGCGAAUUCCAAAUCUGUUGCCUGGUCAGGCAUUUAAGAAAUACCCCCGCUCACCCCUCAUCCAUUACCUGAGGUAUCCUCCAUCUGCUAUGACUCCCAGUUUUUCACCUUCUCUGUCUCUGCUUACCAUGCAGACCCCGACAGCAUCUCCAGUGGCCUCCCAUCCUAACCUGAAGGGGAUAUGCCCUGGUGGGGCAAAGUGUGAACUUUCAGCAGAUGAAGAAGUUCAAGUAUAGAUUAUUUAUCAUUGACUUAAAGCGUUACAUGAACGUUUGGCUAAAUGUUUUUGCCAUAUUCCUUAACGAGCAUUGCAUGUCAUGUCUAUAUCUGUAAGAGGGAGAAAAAUAUUUUUUACAAGUUAAACAUUUUACCUGCCUAAUUAAUUCACUGCAGGAUGUACUCCAGAUCUGUUAGGGACCUCCUUGAUCAUUCCUUUUGAACUUACCUACAUUAGCUGUUUGUGUUCUGUAUGUUCUAGACAUCUAGGGGGAAACUUUCACGCAAUGCUUACUCUUAAACUCAGGUGAAUAGUUGAGGAUGUGUAGAACUUGCUGGAUGUCCAUGCAGCAUACAGAGUUUCUAUUUUAGCUGGUCUAACAUGUGCUCUGGUGCUGCUAGUAAGGCACAACAGGCAUUGCCAUUUUUGUCCCUUCCCCCAAACUACUCUUGAUACCUGAGCCAAGCACAUUUCAGCUGCAGUAAAGAAAAGAAAAGAAAAAAGUUGGUGCUACGUAAUAUUCAGUGCAUGUAGAAGUAUAUUUACAGACACGCACACAUUUCGGAGUGUGCAUAUUUGUUGUAUCAAAUCAGCAUAUAGUUACCAAUAUUUUUACAGCUUUCUUUUGCUUCAGUAUAUAAGUAAAUGUCUUUGCACCUUCGUUUACAUUACCUCGAAUGAAACCAGGAUAAGUUAGAAUUGGCAUUUGGUGAAUACGAAAAGGCCCUACAAAGGUUCGGUCCCCCCCCCCGCCUCAUCUAAAACAAGCAAUGGAACGAAAUGCUUGCUAGACUGACCCUCUGGGCUCACAUUUAACGAUUGCUUAUUCUGAAUGACUGCGCUCAAGGUUCAAAAUAUCUUGAUCCUCUUUACUUCUGUGUAGAAGUGGCACCACUAAAGGCUGGAGGAAUAAAAAAGCAGAAUUAACAUUGUUUCCAGAUAACACUGGAAGUAAAUGGUAGAAUCACAGAGAUUCAGAAUGGCAAAACAAAUCAAAGAUACAUUCCUAGUGGAUGCAGAAUGACUACUGCAUCUGGUAUUUUUGCCUUUGAUUUCAGUGAAUCUCCAAUGCAGUUUACACUGAGAUUGUCUGAAAGAAGCAUUCGGUGUCGCUGGAGUGCCUUCUUUCAGGCCCCUGACCUGUGCAAUUCUACAUUCCCUUGGACCUCUUUGAAAAGUGACAGAGUGACAUUUAUCUGAUAUAUGAGUGCAGCCAGGAUUUUCUGGCUUUUAGGGAUACACUGGCUUGUACUCAUGGUUCUUUGCUUUCCAUACCCACAGUGGGAUCCAUCUACUUGUGUGGUUUAUUGGAUUAUAGCCAGGACCUUUUGCUCUAACUUCUGACUUGCUAUAGGAAGCAUGAAAGCUUAUCAAGAUCUGCCACACUAGUUCCCUCACAUAGCAGAGUUGUUUUCCCAUGAUAUGAAAGCAUACCAAACAAAAGAAAGGAAAUGGGCGAUGUUAAUUUAUGAAUUCUGUAUUUGCAAAAUACGUACAUGUAUAUAACAAAGUAUAACCAAAAAAUGUAAAGUCACGGAAGUGACUUGUAUAAUUGCAUAACUAAAUAAUGUAACAGUAUUUUAAAUAUAAUUUUUAUAUUUUUUCUACUGUG